AUGACUCCCCAUCAGACUCCCUUGCCACCACCUGCACAGCGCUUAGUGCUUUUCGUUGCCGAUGGUCUGCGUGCAGAUUCGCUUUAUGAAGUGGAUGACCGUGGCAUUUCUAAUGCUCCUUACCUUAGGUAUGUUCCUCUUGUUAAGAUACUCCCCUAAUCCUUUGAACCCCUGAGAUUAUUAUUAUUUUUUAAAAAAUCUCAUUAGCUAUGGGACAGGGAUUUUGCACUGCUGCACCCGAAUUUUGCAACUAGAAAAGAUUAUUUCUGCCAUUUAAAAAUGUGACUUGACCAAUAAGACACUUCAUAUACUUGGUUAUCCAGUUUGAUCAGUAGUCGUUCUUAUUUUAAAUAUUUUAAAUAGCGCCAGUUACUUCCUUGUAAGAUUUAUCCCCACCCCUAUUUUAUCUUAAUCCCAACUUUUUAAGGGAUCAGUGAAGGAUGUGAUAACCUCCUCACUUCCCCCCAGGCACAUUGUAAUUUGUAUUGGGAAACUGUAAAAUCCAUGUAACAUUUAAUUAGAGUUUUUCUCUAGGAAAAGCCAUAGAAUAUUAUAGUUUAGAAAUGGUGAUUGUUGAAUGUGUGGAAAUGCUUCCUUAAACUAAGCAGUGGGGCCACUGUUUGUUCUUUUCCCUUUUGAGCCUUACAGGCAUGGAUUUGGCUUUUAAAAACUGCAUGCAUUACCACUGUGUCUUAUUUCCAGGAAUAUCAUGUUAACCAAAGGCAGCUGGGGAGUAUCUCAUACUCACGUUCCAACAGAGUCAAGACCUGGGCAUGUAGCUCUCAUAGCUGGAUUUUACGAAGACGUCAGUGCUGUUGCAAGAGGUAUGCUGAUUAUCCAUAAAAUAUUUUGUUUGCAUGAACAGGCUGAGCUUUAGAAUAUUUGGCCACUAACUAUAAAAUUAUUAUAACUUGUAUCCUAAGGUAAAUUAACUUGUACCAAAAAGUAUCAGUGGAGGAUUGGUAGUGUCUCCUGACCAAUGUGUGUUGUAGGUUAUGGGGUCAGAGGUCCUCCCAAUUUGGGCCAAUUCUUUCAGCAGACCCCUUGCUAUAUCCCAUAGUGUGUAAGAUGUCCUCUGACCCUUUGGAAAUGAUUUUCGGUGGGUGGGUGUGCCAUUCUAUCAUUCUAUGGACUUUCCUGAGUUAUCUUAUUUUUGGAUCCAUGCCUAUACCUCCAAGCUCUGUAAAUUUGAAAGUCUAAAAUGUGAGAGUGAGCUUUAUACUUUGCUACCAGGUCUCUGAUUAGCGUUGUGGUCACUCAAACUUUGUUUUGGCAUAGUAGACAGUUGACAUAUAUCUGUUAUUCUUCCAUUUUCUCCAUGGUGCUAGAAAGUUAUGGAAGGUUUUGCAUGCACUAUUUGCCUAGGCUGAACUAUAAUUAGUAUCAUUUUGAAGGCUAGUUUUCAAGGUUCAUUCGCCACCUGAGACAAUGAACAGUGACAACAUUCAUGCCUGUCUACUGAGAAGGUAAUCCCAUUGGGGACUUAUCCCUUGUGUAUAGGAUUGCAACGUUUAACCGUUAUCAGUUUUGCAUAGGUAUUUGGGAAUGAGUGGAGUUUAUUCUUCAGGGUCUGAGAAAAGGCAAACAAAAUUUGGUUUGCCGUUUAAAAUAUUUCAGUGGGAAGCAAGAUGCAAAAUACUUGGCACAUUGGACCUUCUGUGAGAUUUACAAUGGUAUUAAAGUGGGUAACAGUGGUACUCUAGUUAUUUGCGGAAUAUGUUGACAUAAACCGCUUUGGACAUAUCCUGUGCUCUUAGGAACUGCUUCAUACAUGAAAAUCUACUGAUGCAACUUCUGUUUUGGGCAGGCUGCAUGUAUACUGUAAAAUGUAAUAUCUGUAUGUUUGUGUAUUUUUCUGACUGUGUUAUGUGUUGGAAUGCUGAAGCCAAUUGUGGUUUCCCAUUAUGUGCUCACCUGGUGAAACAGAUGUGCUCAUCAAAAGUGCCGUUGUUCAUUCAGAAUGUGCAUGCUACCUUUAUUUCCCUUCAACAGUGUAUCCAAACUUGCGUUAUCGCCCUUAGAAAACACUACAGUAACAAUUGUCUCCCUAACAGGAUGGAAAGAAAACCCAGUGGAGUUUGAUUCCGUUUUCAAUGAAAGUAAAUACACGUGGAGCUGGGGAAGUCCAGAUAUUCUGCCCAUGUUCGCUAAAGGUAAGCAUGUUUUAGUCUUAGCGAUGCAUCAUUUACAAAGUAUCAAAAGUUUUACUACAAAGUGCAAUAUCCAAAGGAAGUGCUUUGCAACUCUUUGUGGGGUGUGCAGAUUUGGAAAUCACGCUUUGGUUGGUGGCAACACCGCACAGGGUCACAAACAUGUUCAAAUGAAGAGCUUCUGUUCUUCAAAAUGUACUGUGGUUUCAGUUAAUCAGGCAUCCCCAACCUUCGGCCCUCCAGAUGUUUUGGACUACAAUUCCCAUCAUCCCUGACCACUGGUCCUGUUAGCUGAGGAUCAUGGGAGUUGUAGGCCAAAACAUCUGGCAGGCUGCAGAUUGGGGAUGCCUGCAAUAAAUCUACAUAUGUUGUCUGCAUAUGUUUGUGUAUCUGUUUAAAAAUAGGUAGAUGUAAUGCUAUCUAGACCAGGGUGACAGGGUGCUGUUGUUUUUUUAAAUGCACCUUAAUAUACAAAGAUCAAGAGAUCUUGUUUGAGCAGAUGACACUGCCACUUGAGCAAAGGGUUGACCGUUUACGCAGCCUGCUUCUCUACAGCUCUGAAAUUAUGGCUUCACAAGGUUGGUGGACGUUCCAGACCAGUUUUCGGGUGGAAGGGAUGGAAAUUUCUGCUUAUUCAUAGGAGGGCACCAUUGCCUUCUGCUUGUAUUGUGGAAUCUUGGAUCCAAGUCAAAUGGUUUUUGCAAUCCUUGCUCUUUGGCCUCAUGAACAAAAGAAAUAUGGCUGCAGUAACUGGAUUUAGUGUUUUCAGAAGGAGCGUAGCCAUUAAUUCUUCGUCCAUGGUGCACUUUGUGAUCUUAUGUACUGGACACAAUCUGACCUAGUUAGUCUGCAAAGAGCUUUCUAAAUUACCAUCUUAUGGCUAUAACAUAUUGCAGUCUGAACUUCUAACAGCUAUGUCUCUUCCACUGUUCCCCCUGGUUCUUGUUGAACAUCGAGCCUGGGAAAUAAUUCUCCUUGCGUUUUGAUGAACCCUUGCUCUCAAUAUUUGUGUUUCUCUUGGGGCUUAGAAACAGAGUGUAUCUGUUUCCUUGAAAUGUUCCGUUUUGCAAAACAGUGCAUGUCAGCUAAUUAAAGAAGCAUCUGAAUGGGAAUGUCAUCACUCUGGCUUCCAGAAGGGCAGUCUCUGUGCCGUGGAGACCUAAGAGUAGGAAUAGUAAGUAACUGGUAGGAGAUGGGAGUGACAAAUGGCAAAUCCUUGAGCUGUGUAAAUGAUGCAGAAGAACCCUGGGGAGAAGAAAAUAUGUGCUGCUCUGCCUACAUCUGAAAUCCAUGAACCAGAAUAAUGUGAUAAACCUCAGUGCGUCUUCCCCGAUACCAUUUUAGAACUGACAGAAGGGAUUUAAAAUAUGGCAUUAGUUCGAGUUUUACUAAAUCUUGUCAUUUUCAGCAAUUGAAACUUCCCCCUUCUCUUCAUAUCCUCUGUUACGUAUCUUGUAUUUUGUGUGCUCAGCUCAUUCUCCUUGAAGUAUAUAUUUUGUUUCAGCAGGAAAUUGGGAAGGAUAUGACAAGGGAUUGCAGGCUUCCUGUUCAGUUGUUUUGCUCUAGCCAUGGUUUUCACAUUUUCUAGAGUCACAUUUCUUUAGUUCUACACUGCACAUAGUUGCCGUUGGCUUGGGUGGGUUAAUUGGCUUAUUGGUGUGGAAAAUCAGGGUAUGGUAUAUCACAGGGAUGUCCAACCAGUAGAUCGUGAUCUACCGGUAGAUCCCUGGCUGAUCCUGGUAGAUCACGGGAUCCUUAUCGUGUAGCUCAACAACUCUGGGCAAUCCACCCACCCCAAGCACACUCCUCCUCCCUCCAAUGACAAUGGGUAGAUCACUGCCAGUUUUUUUUAUUCUGGGAGUAGAUCACAGUCUCUUGGGAGUAAUUCCAUCCUAAAGCAAUCAGCCAAAGUGGUCACCAUAUCGCUCAACCCACAGUCCAGCUCCUUGGAAAGGGACCAUGUGUGUGUGGUUGCUCUUUUCUGCCUGGAUAGGGGUUUUUGCAAGCAUUGACAUAUGCUAGACAUUGAGAGUCCGCACAGGGUCACCUUCCACACAUGAAGAUCUGAACCAAUGGCUAGCCAUUUCUCCAUCAUCUAUGCCAAAUUGCUUCUUGUUUCUAUCUUUUUUUUUUUAAAAAAGGGGUGGCUGUAGUUGUGUUAGAACACCAGAAUGUUAUCAGACUCUUCGCCACUUAAAAUAAGACGCAGGUUAAACCAUAGAGCCUAGGACUUGCCGAUCAGAAGGUCAGCAGUUAGAAUCCUCACGACGGGGUGAGCUCCUGUUUCUUGGUCCCUGCUCCUGCCAACCUAGCAGUUCGAAAGCACUUCAGAGUGCAAGUAGAUAAAUAGGUACCACUCUGGCAGAAAGGUAAACGGUGUUUUCGUGCGCUGCUCUGGUUCGCCAGAAGCGGCUUAGUCAUGCUGGCCACAUGACCCAGAAGCUGUAAGCCGGCUCCCUCAGCUAGUAAAGCGAGAUGAGCGCCGCAACCCCAGAGUCGCCCAUGACUGGACCUAAUGGUCAGGGGUCCCUUUAUCUUUAUCUUUAUCAUUCUAUGAAUGCCAAGGAAAGUAACAUUUAAAAUAUUCUUUUAUUUAAGUACUUGCCUGGUAGUCAAGAGGUGAUGAGGAAUUUUAUGCAAGUGAGAAGAAAAAAAUAAUAAUGUCAGAAUAUGUUGUUAAAAUUUUAACUACCCAAAUCAGGACUGGCUGAACGUUUUAAGGAUUUACAAUCUCUUUAAUGACAUCACUGUCGCUUUAAAGGAGGUGUUGUUCAGCCCAGACACUGAGGUCCAGCUCCGGGGGCCUUCUGGCGGUUCCCUCACUGCGAAAAGUGAGGUUACAGGGAACCAGGCAGAGGGCCUUCUCGGUAGUGGCGCCCGCCCUGUAGAACGCCCUCCCACCAGAUGUCAAGGAAAUAAACAACUACUUGACUUUUAGAAGACAUCUGAAGGCAACGCUGUUUAGGGGAGUUUUUUAAUGUUUGAUGUUUGAUAUUUUGUUGGGAGCUACCCUAAGUGGCUGGGGAAACCCAGCCAGAUGGGCAGGGUAUAAAUAAAUUAUUAUUAUUAUUAUUAAAUAUAAUUGUUCUCUGCCCCACCCCUGUACCAAACCAUUACUCAAGUUAUCCUUGUGCUUGUAUUGUGGAAUCUUGGAUCCAAGCCAAAUGGUUUUUGCUCCACUGUUUCACGGUCUGCACCUGAAGUCCUCUCUCUAUGCAGGUUCUCUUCCAUACAGUUAUGCUAACAAGCGUUAUUAAGACUUUUUUUCUUGCAUAGAGACUGUUUCUUCAGGUUAACUGCCAGCUAUUGGCUUUAACUGUCCUGCAGGACUACUGCUGAAGUCUCCCUGUCCCCUUGCAGACCUUCUGAGCUUCUGCCUUCAGAAAUUUUAGCCUUGGGGUGUUUGCUUCUUCCUCUUCACCAUCUCUCUGCUCCCACAAAGACCCCUGUCUGCGACUGCUCUUGGCUGCAGACAUUCUCUCCAGGCUUGUUUCUUGCCUCUUCUUUAGUUCCUUGAUUAAUCUCUCCACACCACUCUCCCAAAGACUGUCCAACAGACUCUUAAACAGUACAGAGCUUGCCCUUUUGUUUCCUCCAGUCAGAACCUUCUAACCACUCGCCAGAUUCCGAUUGGAAUUCUGAAACUUCAUUGACCCGUAACUCAGGACCAAUAAGUUUGGAUGGAAUGUCCGCUGAAAAACAACAACACCCUAUUGCAUUCUGACCUUUUGGAUUCCACCAAUUCUUAUAUAAGAGCUGAGUUCUGCCGCCAACUAUCAGUAACGGAAGCCUUACAAGUAUACAUACCUCCUCAGCAGAAUUGUGUAUUUGUCUGCUUCUCGGCAGACUGCCGUCUGAACCCCAAUCCCGUGUGCAUCUCUGGCUUCCUUAAGAGUAAAAUACCACCCGCACGCUUCAUAUGGUUAACUGUUUUAUGUUUACAAAAAAACCCAACAACUUUCCUACAUUUAAGUUGAGCGGUCCUUUACUUUUCCCCCCCUUGAAGGUGCUACAGGGGAUCAUGUUUACACUCAUUGCUAUGAAGCUGAGAAGGAGGACUUUGGAACAGAAGAUGCCAGCUUGCUAGACACGUGGGUUUUUGACCAUGUUAAGGUGAAUGAACAUCUUUGUUUUGCUUAACUAGUUUAGGGUUACCAGGUGUCCCCGGUUCCUGGGGACAGUCCCCGGAUUUGCAAAUCUGUUCCCGGACAAAUUGCGUCCUCGGAAUGUCCCCAGAUUUGCAAAUCUGUCCCUGGGAAAUGUGGCAGCAGCAGCCUCAGCAGCCUGGAGCCAGCCUGUUAGCGCUGCCCACUGCCGUGGCACCUGCUAUUUUUCCUGCGCCAUGGCAGCGAGCAUCUCCUGAAGCCAGCCAGAGUCAACUGCACUACAAUGGUACCUCUGGAUACGAACGGAAUCCGUUCUGGAUCUCCAGUCGCAACCUGAAACAAACGUAACCUGCGCAUGCACGGGUCGUGAUUUGCUGCUUCCGCGCAUGCGUGUGACGUUAUUUUGAGCGUCUAGGCAUGCGCGAAUGGCGAAACCCGGAAGUAACGUGUCGCCGGGUCGCCGUGGAGCGCAACCCAAAAGCACUUCAACCUGAAGCAUAUUUAACCUGAGGUAUGACUGUACCCUCUGGCCAACCUAGCAGUUCGAAAGCAUGUCAAAAUGCAAGUAGAUAAAUAGGUACCGCUCUGGCAGGAAGGUAAAGGGCGUUUCCGUGCGCUGCUCUGUUUCGCCAGAAGCGGCUUAGUCAUGCUGGCCACAUGACCUGGAAGCUGUAUGCCGGAUCCCUCGGCCAAUAAAGCGAGAUGAGCGCCGCAACCCCAGAGUCGACCACGACUGGACCUAAUGGUCAGGGGUCCCUUUACCCUUUACCUAUGACUGUACUAGGCUGGCCCCUCCUGGGCAACGGCUGCCCGCCCAUGACUCCUGAGCCGCCCCCGAUCUGUCAAAACAAAGGGGGAAGGAAAUCGGGGAAGGCUGGGAGUCAUGGGUGCGCGGCGUGCCAUUGCCUAGUUUUUUUAAAAAAAACUUUGCACAUUUAUGUUUCACAGGGUGCAACAGAAGGGCUUUGCACCUUUAUACAAUAUGCAUGUGUGCUUGGGCCCAGGGUCUUUUGCCUCACCAUCCCCACUACUGACUCCCUGUUGCUACUCAGCUUCAAAAAAAUAAAAUAAGUGUCCCCGGAUUCAUUGAAAAAAAUCUGGUAACCAUACCCUAGUUGGCACAGUCAGCCUGGCAAAAGGUUUACAGCCUCUCCUUACCCCCACCCUGUGAGUAAUACAGGGUGAGGUAAGCAAUGCAUUUUAAAUGUGCUUUUCGGUGCUCUUAAGCCAUCGAUUAAUUCAGCUUCAGUUUCCUGGUGCUGGGUUUUACUGGUUAUGCUGGGCUUUGUUCCUUUUCUUCUGUUGAGUAUUUGCACAUACUGGGUGGUUAUGGCAUCGUGUAUGUAUGUGAUUGAGAGAUGGACAAUCCCUCCCUCUCCUUUCACCAUAGAAGUGAAUGGGAAAUGCUCUGAGGACUCCAACUGGGAAACUGUUAUGCCUGGAUGGGAUUCUCACACUUCCUUGACAUUGAGGUCACAAGCGUCUUGAGCAGGAUCCAUGCUUCAGUUACGUAGCUGAUAUAAUAACCCCUUCAGUUUUUCCCAUAGAAGUGGAUGGGGGAUACUUGUUACCGGGAGAAUUUAAGCGAAUAGAGAGAUCAAUCCUAAGGGCUGGCUGGGAGCACCGGGGCUGAAUAUUAACCAGGGUGGAUUUGAUUUAAAUCAAAUUGAUUUAAAUCAUGAUUUAAAUCACGGUAAGACUUCAUUUGGGGACGCAGGUGGUGCUGUGGGUUAAACCACAGAGCCUAGGACUUGCCGAUCAGAAGGUCGGCGGUUCGAAUCCCUGCGACGGGGUGAGCUUCCGUUGCUCCGUCCCAGCUCCUGCCAACCUAGCAGUUCGAAAGCACGUCAAAGUGCAAGUAGAUAAAUAGCUCCAGUGGGAAGGUAAACGACGUUUCCGUGUGCUGCUCUGGUUCGCCAGAAGCAGCUUAGUCAAGCUGGCCACAUGAUCCGGAAGCUGUACACCGGCUCCCUCGGCCAAUAAAGCGAGAUGAGCGCCGCAACCCCAGAGUCGGUCACAACUGGACCUAAUGGUCAGGGGUCCCUUUACCUUUAAGACUUCAUUUAAAUCAUUUUUUUGCAGAAAGACUCAUUCUUGCUGGUAUAAUCUUAAUAAUUACAACCAGAUGAAAGUUGUGUUUUUGGAAUAAUAAAUUUUCAGAGUAAUUUUUACAGUUAUAUCCAAAAUUACUGAUUUGGCUAUACUAUUAGAAAUACAUAGACAGAUAAUUAUGAAAUCAUUGUAAGGUUUAAUAAGUUAACUGUUUAUAUUUGGACAACUUUUUGCUGUACUUUAUUGGAAGGAGAAAAAUAAUGAUUUCCUUAAUAACAAUUUAAACAAUUUAUUUAACUAAAACAAUAACAUUAUAGCGUAUGUAUCCAUUUUUGUUAACUGAUGUGGUUAAACAAUUAAAAAAACCAACAGCUUAGACUGAGCUUUAGUACACAUGAAAAACUUAAUGAACAGCCUUUGGACUAUAAUGUACCUUAAAUAGAAAACUAUCUUUAGAAAGAUUUUUCUUCCAAAAGCAUUUUAUUUUAAAAAUCCGAUUUAAAUUUUUAAAAAAUCCAAUUUAAAAUAAAAAAAAUCCAAUUUACAUUUUUAAAAAUCCAUUUUUUAAAAUUAAAAAAAAUCAUUGAUUUUUAUUCACCCUGAUUUUAACCGCUGUAUCCAAAGCCUUGCCAACGCACACCAGCCAGGGUGGUGCAGCUGAGGAGCCCGGAUUGGGCCCCUUUCUGGAAAAUGAAUUGGCUUGGGAUCUAGUGGAUCCCUGGCCAGCCUUGCUCUACCCUUGAGCCAUGUAAACACUCUUUGCAUUAACAUUCAGUCCACUGCACUUUCCAUGGCUGCAGCCAUGGUCUCUCUGUCUGACUCUCUGUCUUUGCUAUCCGACAUCUCCACCUUGCUCUGACUCUUUCCAACAGCAAGGAUCCGGGGGACUAGGACUGCUGCAGAAUUCGAUUUCCUGCAUACAUGCUGGUGGCAUCAAACAAAAAUGUGAAAUUUUAGAAGUUUGGAUAUCUGCUUGCUCUCAGGAUAAUUUAUAACUGUCUUUUCUUAUCUAGGGUUUCUUCCGCUCUGCCAGAAACAACGAAACAUUGCUUUCUAAACUGCACGAGCGGAAAGUUGUUUUUUUCCUGCACUUAUUGGGGAUAGACACAAAUGGGCAUGUUCAUCGGCCUCAUUCGAGGUACAGUGCAUUAAUGUCUGUAUUUUAAAAUAUAGCAGAUCCCAUCAAAGUUAAGCAGCUUUAAGUGCAAUUGAUAGCAACGGGAGGGAGUUAAGCCAGUACUUUAGAGAUGCAUAAUUAGAACGGGGGGUCAUGCCCUUUGUGAAAUUUAAAAUGUCACUUUAAUAUUUCCGUAUCAUCCAUGUAAAUCCCUCCUGUGAUAUAUGCAUUUAAAUCUGAAAUGACGACUCUGGAAAAGUAGGCAAACAUACUCAUUUAUGCUAAUACAGCGUUUCAAGCAUUUAGUUAACAUAUUUCAUCGUGGCCUUUCUAAUCGAAACGGCAGCAAACUAUUAAAUGAUUCCGAAAGCAGAAAGUUAGGAUUCAGACCUGUGGUUAAGGGAGAAGAUUGGUGAGGUUUUCAUGUGUCAGAGCACAGAAGAGAGUGGGGCAGAGACUGCUGUUUGAGAAAGGGGGUGAAGAAAAAAGCUGCACUUUACAACUUGCAGCCCCUUCCACAUUUUUCAGGGGUAGCAGCCACAUUUUGAUGUGACUGUUGUAGGGACUCCAGUGGGCCUAGUUUAACCCUUAAUUGCAUUCCUAACAAAAGUCUUACGGCAAUCUGUAGAACUUUAACAUCAAGCAAUAACAACUGCUGAAAACCCAGCACAUAAUAUUUUUUUACAUUUGUUUUUAAAGCGAGCUGUCAGGUACUGUUGCGGCUGCUCGUGAGUAACCAGGCAAGACUCCGACCUUUCUUUUACAGGCUUUAUUUUGGUGCAAACAAUUUACAGUGAAGAGCGUCAUAAGUUCAUGUCUGGCUCAAUCGCUAGCAGAAUCCGGGAGUGGUCUGUUUUUGUACCUCUCCCAACAUAAAAGUCUCAUCACCCCCAGCCUUUUCUGCCCCUCCCUGCGCCUCAAACUACUGCGCAAGAAGGGCAAUGGCAAGGGCGUGCUCCCCGCCUCUCUGGCUUGCUCAGGCUCGGUGUUAAGGCUCUCCCUAGCAUCCUCUGGUCCUUGCACCUCUUCUCCACUGGAGGUGGGGCUUCCCUCCUCGCCGGAAGAGGAACUGCUUCGCAAGAUUUUCGGAGGCUCCCUGUAACACAACUGCCCUUCUGUCUCUUGCCUCUGAGCCGAUGGCAGUUCCCUGACAUGAGCCAUGUUACCGUUGCAGGAGAUCCGCCAUAACAAAAAUGCCUGAAGCUGGACAGUGUCUUUUUUUCUGCAGAAGGUGCUACAUAAUUGUGGCACCACUGUUAAGAAGGCUAUAUCCCAGACGAUGCAAUAUCUCACUUCCCCACCUUGACAUCUACCCUGGAGCUGUAAAAUGUAGUUUGAUAAAUUCCUUUAGAGCAGGCAUAGGCAAACUUGGCCCUCCGGAUGUUUUGAGACUCCAGUUCCCAUCAUCCCUGACCACUGGUCCUGUUAGCUAGGGAUGAUGGGAGUUGUAGUCCCAAAACAUCUGUAGGGCCGAGUUUGCCUAUGCCUGCUUUAGAGUCCCGAGUCCCCUCUUAGAACUGUGAUUCCCAGGGCUCCUUGGGUUUAUAGACAAAGAGUUAUUUUGCAAUUUUACAUUAGUGUUGGGAAAAGGAGAGAGUGCUAAAGAAUCCCGUCAGCUAAACUUUCAAAUGCAUCUCCAGUUAUAUCAUGGCUGCCUGUAGCACAGGAUAUAACUUUUUAAAAAGCUAAUUGGAUAGAGUGUCUUGGAUCCAGAUUUCUAGUGUAAUUUACCAAGGGGAUAUUAUUGAUAUGGAAACUAAAUAGAAAACUUUAAUCUUUGUUCUUGCAUUUCUUUUCUUUUCCGCUUUGGUUGAUCACCUUGUAACUCAAGCCUCUUGCCUUAAUGAAUGUCUGGAUUCAUUUUCUAUUAUAAUCAUGUCAAAACAUUCAGCUCCUUUCUCUCCUCUCCAGAGAAUACAAGAACAAUAUUAGGAAAGUCGAUGAAGGUGUAAAAGAAAUUGUUUCGGUGGUUGAGGAUUUUUAUGGAAAUGAUGGCAGCACAGCUUUCAUCUUGACUUCAGACCAUGGAAUGACAGACUGGGGUGAGGAUUUUGCAAACAUGACCUUUUUCUUCAUGCGCCUUCGCUACUAAAAUGUUGGCGAACACCAAGGCUGCCUUUACCCCCCCCCCCAAUUAAUCUUUCUCAUGGUGAUUCUCCUCAGAAGUAUUAAUAUAACUUCAGAAUGUACCCAUCCACUCAAGUAGGCUUCUUAAUGCAAAAAAACCCAGAUUGCUUCCCCGGUUUUAGUUAAUUUAUUGAAAACUCUUUCUCCUUUGCUUAAUAUAUGGAAAUGCCACAGAUUUCCUUUUUUUCUUGGACACAUUCUGUGAUGUGAUAGAAAGAGAGGUCAGAGGAGAGAGGUCAAGCAGCAAAGUCUGCUUUGGUGACCCAAGCAGUAAGAAGCAUUUGAUAAAGAAAGUGUCCCGCCACUCAAAAUGUGUUAGGAACAGAAAUACUUGUGCAUCUUUCUCAUGUAAGGAUAUUGUUUGCAUUUGGUUAGAAUUCCUAUGGUUUAUUACAUUUGUAAUCCACAGCUCAACCCAGGGCAGUAUACAAUAACCUAUUAAAAAGGCACACAUCAACACAACCCCCUCCCAACUCCUAUAAAACAUAAAUACGAAGCAAAUCAGAAAAUCCAGCACCAACCUGAGACUGUGUGGUGCAGUGGUUAAAGUGCUGGACAAGGCCCUGGGAGACUGGGGUUAAAAUUUCCACUCCGCCAUGAAGCUCACUGGGUGACCUUUGACCAGUCACUGUCCUUCAGUCUGACCUACCUCAUAGGGUUGUUGUGCAGUUAAAAUGCGAAGCAGAAGAAACUUGUACAUCACUUUGACCUCCUUUCAGGAAAGGUGGGCUCUAAAUGUAAUUUCCAUAAAUCUGAUUGAACAAAUGUUGGUUACUCUAUGACACCUAGAAGCAGCUAGCAUAGGAGACAACGGUAUUUUUGUGCCGAGGAAAUACUGCAGCCAGGGUGCCCACAAUAGAAAAGAUACUGCUUUACAUAGGUCCACCUUUGCAGAUACUGUAGUAAAGUGUGUGUGUGUGGGUGUGGGUGUGGGUGUGGGUGUGGAUAAGACAGAAGCAAACCUUCAAAUACCUUGAUCUCAAGCCAUAUGGAGUUUUGCAGACUAACAUUGGCAGCUUCUAGACUGUCUUCAAUGGAAGCCCCAAACGGAACACAUUGUAGCAGUCUAGUCAAGAGCUUCCCAUAAGCCACAUGGGUACAGAUGAAUCAGCCAAGUUUCCAUACAGAAAAGCAGCAUUUGACACAUCCGUUUCACAUUAGACGUCCUUUGAGGUUCCUGAGUGGGUAACACUAGAGAAGUUCAAAUGUUUUAAAAGGUACAAUCUUAACGGUUUGUUGUUCUGUGUUGAAGUCCAUUUUAGGGGCAGCAAUUCAUUAUGAAGUAAUUCUAACACUGUUUUCUUUUAGGGGUUCAUGGGGCUGGUCAUCUGUCAGAAACAUUAACACCACUCAUUGCUUGGGGAGCAGGAAUCAACUCUCCACAAAAAGUCGCCUCGCAACAGUAUGAAGACACAUUUUUAAAAGGUAGAUGUGUGGGCAGGGCUUUUCAGAUGCAACUCGCCGGAACUCAGUUCUGGCACCUCUCAGGUGGCAAUAAGGGAACAAGGGAGGGGUUCAUAGUGAAUUCCAGUACCUAUUUUUCUAGAAAAAAUAGCACUGUAUGCGGGUCAUAUUUUUUCUGUAUGCUUUUAAAAUACAAGGGGUGUAAUAACCUUUUCUCUUGGGGUAGUCUGCCUGGCACCAUUAAGAUGUUUGUUGGACCUCAAUGCCUGUCAGCCCCAGCCAGGAAGGGCCAUGGUUGGAAAUGGUGGGAGUUGUAGUCCGGAGGGCACCAUGUCCCUCAUUUUAUCUUCUUAGCUGCCACAGGUAAAUUGGUAUAUUUAUCAGAAAACGGAAGUCGCUUCAUGGCGCCCCAGGGAUAUGAAUGCAGGCAUCUGAUCCAAGCCCACUGGACUUCACUGUGUACAGUGCUACCUCAGAACUCGAACAGCUCUGUUGCCAAAUGUUUUGGCUCCCGAAUGCUGAAAACCCGGAAGUAAGUGCUCCAGUUUUCGAAUGUUCCUUGGAACACAAACAUCCGACAUGGCUUCCGCUGUGCAAAAACCUAGCUGUCGGCCAAUUGGAAGCUACGCCUCAGAACUUGAACGUUUUGGAAUUCGAACGGUCUUCUGGAAUGGAUUAUGUUCGAGUUCCAAGGUACCACUGUAUUACCAAAUGCCGUUAGUAAAUCAUAAGAUAAAUUAAAUUCCACAUUUACUUACCAGGGACUUUUUUUUAAUGAGGAAACACAUUUGGAGCAUCCUAUAUAGUAGGACAAUGCAGAUGAGGGAUAAUUAAUAAAAACAACAAUAAUAAUUUAUGAUAAAUAUGAUAAAAUGAAAAGGCAAACAGUAUAACCAAGGGGCUGCGGUGUUUUAUUUUAAGAGCUCAAACUGCUUCACAUACAUUCUUAUAAAACUAUCCAGAAAGUAGGGUGGGUAAUUUGAACUCAUGUUACUGAUGGAGGAGGCCUGAGGCUGAAGAAAUGUGGCCUGAGGUCAAGAUAUGGACAGACCCAAUUGUCCACACAAUCUUUUCUCCCCCCAAAACCCAGAAAAUUUAGUUGUAGCUUUGCUUUGUUUUUAUUUCAGCUUGGAAACUGUGGUUCAAACCAUGGCUUGAUCCAAAGCAUUUAAAUUGGCUUCAUAGCAUGGCAUCUACCUAGCCUGUUAACCAUACUUUCCCAGUUGAAAUAAAAAUGGGAAACUAAUUAUUGGAAGACUUCCUGCUUGUGUGCUGCGUGCACAGCCAAAGGUUUCAGUGGUAUCUGCUUAGAGUGGCUAGGGAAACCCAGCCAGAUCUGCGGGGUAGAAAUAAUUUAUUAUUAUUAUUAUUAUUAUUAUUAUUAUUGUUAUUAUUGUUAUUAUUGUUAUUAUUGUUAUUAUUGUUAUUAUUGUUAUUAUUAAGCCCAAGAUAUUAUGUGACUCUUGGGUUGGGGUUUUCGGGUUUUUGUUGUUGUGUUGCUGUUAUUGAUAUUAAGCUUUUAUAUCUUUAUUUCUAGUUCUUAUAAUGAUUUACAUGGAAAUCGUUCGAUUACAGUUGUAUACCUUUUGAUGUGUUUCAUUUAUGUGUUUAUGUGUUUCAUUUAUGUGUUUCAUUUGCUGUGUUUUUAAUUAUGUACAACAACAACAACAACAACAAAUCUUUAUUACAAUCGUAGACCAGCAUAAGGAGGGAGGGGUACAAUCAUUUAAAAUCUAAAAACGUUUGUUUGUUUGUUUUUAAACUAAACUAAAAGGAGUUAAAACAGAAAGUAUAUAUAAAAGUCUAUAAGAAUACAAAAGAAGCUAAGGGGGUCUAAAAGAAGGGCUAGGAACAUUAGACAAGAGUGAAAGAGCGUAAAAGGUUAGUAUAUAUAUAAGACUACAGCUAUCAAUCUAAAGAGCACUCUUAAGAUGAGUGCUCAUUAUAUCUAGUUUAUGGCACAGAUUUAAUUAUGUAAAAUCUUUUGCGUAUGGUUUGACGUAUGGAAAAGUGGCAUACAAAUUAAAACUUGUGGAUAGGAGCAGGGUAGGAUCUUAAAGUGGCUUGAAGUUUUAUGCCUCUGACUUCAUUUUCAAAACUUGAUACAUCGGUAAGUAGUUAAAAUUUGUCUUUCUGUGGCUUUAAAAAGGUGAAAUAGUUUAAGUAAAUUUCUUAGAUUUUUGUUCUGAGGCAAAGCAUGACUCUCGUUUCAGCAGAAAAAAAGUGUGUUAUGGAGCAGAAGAGACCGACAACUCAUUAAGCCUCAAAGGGCUUAUUUCCCCCUCAGAUCUGUUCGUGUCGGUUAGGCCUGUGUCGCAAAUGGUCUUUAAUUCUCUCUUUAUCCUUUUGUAGAUUGGAAACUGGAGACCUUAAAGCGGCAAGAUGUCAACCAGGUACCUUACAGCUGGUUAACAUUUGUCUUUAAUUUAAGCUACCACAAGACAUGCAGGUGGGAGAAUGAUUUAUGGAGAUUUUUUAAAAAAUAGCCAGGUAAUUUGAUUUUAUUUGUUCUGAUCAAUAUGGAACUGGGCAGGCAUGACAAGAUUUUCAAUAUGCUAACCGGAGAGUAGAGAUUGAAAGCAUGCCAAACACUUCCUUUCCCUUUUGUGGGCAAAACUCCGCCUCAGUUCCAUCACACCUAUGGCAUAAUGUUACUGUCGGCCAGCACUAACGCUAUAAUCAGGAUCACCCUUAACACUCAGAGUUUGUAACUGGGUUUGCAAACCCUUUUAACGGGGCAACUCAUGGAACAUUUAUUUAAUGUUUUGUUGUGUUUCCUAUAUAUGUAUUGUCAGGGAACUGACAUCGGAGCCAGAGGCGGAGGCAAGGCUCCCAAGUGAUGCUGGAGAAGGGCCCAGCAGGGAGAGAGGCAGCUCAUCAGCUGGGGAAGGAAAUCAGCGUAACACCAGGGAUAAAGGGGGGCAGAUGAGGGAAUCGGCGAGGGGGCUCCAGGACUCCUCGCCGGAGACCAGCGGGGAGAGCACGGGUCCUCCGCUACCCACACCCUCCCUGCGCAGAAGACUUCCGCGCAGGGAGAGUAGGAGGAGACUUGGCGUCAAACAGCUUUUAUGCUGGAAAAGGUUUAAGAGACGCCCACUGACGAAUUCUGCUAGCGACUGAAACAGCCACGAAGUGAAGGGCUGUCCAGACAGGAAAGGUUUAACCAGGCAACCUAGCCAGGAGUGGCGGCAACUUACGCACGAGCAACCCCUAUUAUUAUUAUUACAUGUAUGUUGGCAGCUUCCCCGAGUGGCUGAGGCAGCCCAGUCAGAUGGGCAGGGUACAAAUUAAUUAUUAUUAUUAUAAGAUGGGUACAUCAUUCCAGUCAGAAUUCUCGUUUUCCAUAGUGUUUCCCCCUAACAUAAUGUCACAAUGUAUGGUUGCAUAGAAUUUGUUUAAACAAGCAAAAGCUCUGGAGAACUCAAGAUUUGAACAAAGCUUGACUCAUUGCCUAGGUUGGGCAUGUUCAAAGUCCAUUUUGGGGACCUCAUCCAGCCCCUGUGGCAGUUUAAGCUCAACAACUUUGGUCGGUCCUCACGCAUGUUCACUUCAUCAAAUCUGGCCCUCUUUGAAAAAAGUUUGGGCAACCCUAGCCUAGGUCAUCUUAUUUUAUCUCUUGCUUUCUUCUUACUCUUGCAAAAACACACACAAACAUCCACUGCAAUCUUUCCCUUUAAUGGACUAAGCUUUUGUUCUUUAUAUAUGACAUUGAUUGUCUGCUGCUGCUGUACACCUGUAUUGAACCUACUGCAUGGAACUGUACUAAAAGCUGGUAAAAGGUAAAGGUAAAGGGACUCCUGACCAUUAGGUCCAGUCGUGACCGACUCUGGGGUUGCGGUGCUCAUCUCGCUCUAUAGGCCGAGGGAGCCGGCAUACAGCUUCCGGGUCAUGUGGCCAGCAUGACUAAGCCGCUUCUGGCGAACCAGAGCAGUGCACGGAAAUGCCGUUUACCUUCCCGCCUGAGCAGUACCUAUUUAUCUACUUGCACUUUGAUGUGCUUUUGAACUGCUAGGUUGGCAGGAGCUGAUAGUCUUUCAAUUAAUAAAAUUGUAAAAACGAAAAGAGAAAGAUGGCUACCUCAGUGGCUCAGAUCAGAAGCAGCAUGCUGCUGAAUGCCAGCUGCUGAGGAACGACUGUGGGCGAGAGCUAUUGCCUUCACAUCCUGCUUAUCGUUUUUGCAGAGGCUUACUGUGGGAUGCUGAAUGCUGGACUGGAGAGCAGAGCCCUUGCUACUUUUCCCAUUGCACAGCCACAGUUAGAAGAUUGAGAACAUUAUGUCUGCAAAGGUCCUAGGCAGCAUUCAGUCCUAGUGCGUCCUUGAUCGCCUUGUGCCUGCCUCCCCCCGCCAAAAGCACAGAGCCCCUCUUGUUCCAGGCAUUACAUGACGUUUGUGUCCCUUCUGUACUGACCUACAUUUCAAUUUUCCUAAAAACAGUAAAACGUGGACAGUAUUAUUUCGAAGACCUAAAGUCUGCAGCAAGUUUUAAAGGACCUCACACUUUGUUUACAUCAAAACGGAUUUUUUGACUUUGUAAUUUUACAGUCGGGACGCAGGUGGCACUGUGGGUUAAACCACAGAGCCUAGGGCUUGCCGAUCAGAAGGUCGGCGGUUCGAAUCCCCGCGACAGGGUGAGCUCCCGUUGCUCGGUCCUUGCUCCUGCCAACCUAGCAGUUCGAAAGCACGUCAAAGUGCAAGUAGAUAAAUAGGUACCGCUCCAGCGGGAAGGUAAAUGGUGUUUCCGUGCACUGCUCUGUUUCGCCAGAAGCGGCUUAGUCAUGCUGGCCACAUGACCCGGAAGCUGUACGCUGGCUCCCUCAGCCAGUAAAGCGAGAUAAGCUCCGCAACCCCAGAGUCGGGCACGACUGGACCUAAUGGUCAGGGGUCCCUUCACCUUUACUAAUUUUACAGCACUUCGCUUCACAGCCUUAAACUGAGUGUAUUUUUCUCCUCAGGCUGAUAUAGCACCGCUGAUGGCUUCUCUUAUUGGAGUCCCUUUCCCCCUGAACUCUGUGGUAAGAUGCAUGCUAGUUGUUGGUUUUUUUCUUCUUCUCCUGGUUAUGCAAUUAGAAUCCUUGAUUGAGGGAAGCCUCCAGUGGGGAAGGGAUGCAGGAGUCGGAGGAUGCUAGAGAGAGCUGCAACACCGAGCCUGAGCCAAGCGGGGAGGAGGCAGGUCCCCCUUUGCCCACGCCCUAUCUGCGCAGUCGGUUUACGCGCAGAGAGGGGAGGUGUAGGAUGGGGGCCAAAAGACUGCUCUGCUGGGGAAAGUUUAAAGACGGUCCACUCCCAGAUUCUGCUAGUGACUGAGCAGACUUGGAAUUGAGACGUUCUGCGCUGUGAAUGUUUUGCACAGAUAAUAAAGCCUUGAAAAGACCAGUGGGGGUCUUGCCUGUUCGCUCUCGAGCAACCACGCCGGCACACAUAAAACAACCCUUGCAAGGAAAAAUGGGGGCAUAAAUAUUUUUAAUAAUUAAACUUACCAUAUCACCAGUGGCGGAGCCAGUGUGGGGUAGUGUUUUGGUGGUGUAGGGUUCAUGUCUCCGCUCCUCCACCUGCAGCUGCUGGGUGACCUUGGGCUAGUCACACUUCUCUGAAGUCUCUCAGCCUCACUCACCUCACAGAGUGUUUGUUGUGGGGGAGGAAGGGAAAGGAGAAUGUUAGCUGCUUUGAGACUCCUUUGGGUAGUGAUAAAGCGGGAUAUCAAAUCCAAACUCUUCUUCUUCUUCUUCUUCACCCAGGGGGUGGAGAGCAGGCGGGGGCAUGGCUGGCAUGCGUCCUGGGGGCAUGGUGCACGUCAGUUAAGCAUGUUGCUCUCUCUUUUUGUGAUGGGUCAGCGCGAUGCCAGUGGUGUGGGGUCAUGGCCAUGGGGCAGGGGAGAGACUGGUAGGUGAGAUCCUGCUGCCCUUCGGUAUAUAAUGACUUGGUACUGUAGAGUAGCAAUUUCUGUUUCCCCGCGGAAACUGCUUUCAUGUUUUUCUAGUCUUGGCUUCAUCGGAUCUUCGAAUUGUAGAGGAUCAUCUAGUCCAACUUUUUGCAAUGCAGGAAUAUGGAGCUGUCCCUUACGGGGAUCAAACCUGCAAUCUUGGUGUUAUCAGCACCACACUCUUAACCAACUGAGCUAUCCACAAUGUGUCCAUAAAACAUGGGUUAUUGGUGCCUUUUUCAGGGGAGUCUACCUCUGGAGUAUCUGAACAACACGGCUCAUUUUAAAGCAGAGAGUAUGUUUACGAAUGCUGCUCAGAUUCUUGAACAAUUUAAGGUAAAUGAAAUAUUGCUCAAAUGCAAACGUUACACGUCUUUCUAAAUACAUGCCGUGGAAAAAUAACUUAUAAAAGCUAUUAGAGUGGAGAGAGCGAGAGCGCGCAUUUAAAUACCUAAGGCUGCAAUUUAAAACGAUAAAAGAAUUUUUCUAAGAUGUUGAAUUUAUAAAUAAGAAGCAGCAGCAUCAAGUAAUUUUAGUUUAAAUCCCUGCAUCUGUUUUUUACUGUAACAGCUUGAUACUUUUCAUUGACUUAAGGAGAAAUGUAAAUAUUUCACGAUACUUGUGGUAUUGUGUAUAAUACUGUAUAAUACUGUAUUAGAAUGAGGAGUUUAAGGGACAAACUCUGGCUAGCCAGUGUGAAUUGUUGCCACUGAAAGCAAUGCAUUCUACCAGCGGGGUCAGAUGGGUCCUGGAAUUGAAUUCCAAUCUUGCUAAUGACUAUUGCUGGCAAUCCUCAAAGUGUUCUGCUGGCACGGGUCCUAUUCAAGCAACUGGGACUUGAAUCGCCAGCAUUUGCAGAGUUGGGGUUUGCAUUUCCUCUUCAGCCGGGUUUGGAACAUUCCCGUUACAAUCUGUGCAUAUGGCUUCUGGUACAUGCCAAAGAAAGCAGAAAAACCAAAUGUUCCCAAACUCAAGCCAUUCAUCUGUUUCAGACCAAGAGACCAGCUCCCAUAGGUGCCAGUCUGCUCUUUAAGGUCAUUAAAAGAGGACCUCUUACGUGUCUGAAGUAUGUUUCAUUGCAACAAAGGAGGGGGCCUUCUUACAAAAUGUGCCUAGAUUUUGAAACUCCUCCUGAACCCGCUAACAUUGUGCACCCUUCUUGUUUGCUUGUUGGACUUCAACUUCUAUCACCCUUGGCUGUUGGCCAUGCUGUCUAGGGCUGAUGGGAGUUGCGAGUCUACCAGCAUCUGUAUCUAGUUUGUGGUGUGAAUUUUAGCCUCUCUGAAUGUUUAGGAAGCCCAGGAUAUAGAUAGAUAGAUAGAUAGAUAGAUAGAUAUACAGUCGUACCUUGGAAGUCAAACGGAAUCCGUUCUGGAAGUCCAUUCGACUUCCAAAGCAUUUGGAAACCAAAGCACAGCUUCUGAUUGGCUGCAGGAAGCUCCUACAGCCAAUCGGAAGCUGCGGAAGCCCUGUCAGAUGUUCGGCUUCCUAAAGAACGUUCGAAAACCAGAACACUCACUUCCGGGUUUCGAUCGCAAGGCACAACUCUCUCUCUCUCUCUCUCUCUCUCUGUGUAUCUAUCUGGAUGAGAGUGGCUCACACAAAAAUGGUCUGCUCCCGGACAGCUAUACUGAGGGGAAGGCAUAAGUUGCUGCUCCUGGUUCUUAUGCCUCUCUUUGGGUAAAAUUUUGGACUAUAUUGCUCCUAGAUGUCUUCACUCGAGGAGUCAGAACCAGGUAUAACGUGGAGUUUCUAGGACACCACCAGAGCAAAUUAAAUUUGGGUGUAUCCAUUAUGGGAAAGAAAGCUGGUGUAGGUGUAAUCUUAGUCGAUCUCUAAAGAGACUUGUAGUGAUCCACUCAAAGGACCCUGAGGUAAUGCUCACCAUGCCUCUCCUCGCUCCUUCCUUCUCAAACCAUAUAUCUGAAUCCUUCUCCCCCACUGGCUGUGUUUAGGGCUGCACACUUACUUGGGAGUAAGCCUCACCAAACACUGAGGCUUGCAUCUGAGGAAACAUGCUCAGGCUGCAUUUAAAAAAAUAAAAAAAUAAAAAUCCUUUGUAUGAUAGAUGCAGAAGGUUGGCAUGCAUCUCCAUAUUUUUCUCAAUUCAUUUCCCUAACAGUAUACAGUACACUGCUUUUUGUUUAAACCUGUCGUUCUUUCUCAGAUUAAGAUGGCACAGAAGAAGAAAAGCACACUCUCAUUCCUGUUUUCACCAUUCAAGUAAGGAUGUCCUCAAUGUUACUGUGUUUCCUUAAUGACAUUUUUAAAAAAAUCUCUUUGCUUUUCUGUCAGAUACUGAUGAUAAAGGAAUAACCGGACUGAUAGGGAUAUUUACUGAGCUGCGUGGGAUCAGUGCUUGGAUUGAGAACAUGUAAACACUUAAAAGCAGAGCUAGGUGGGCCCAAUAUGAUGUAAAUAAUUAUGACGUGGUGGGGUGUUGUGAGGAUAAAUAUUUAGAGGAGGUCAUGAAUAUCAGUGCCAGCUGCAGGCUUACCCCAGUUUACUCCUGAUUUUCUUAUCAAUUGCCAUGGAGAGUAGGAGAAGAUAGACCCAAGUUGUUGGCUCAGGAUGAUGGCUUGAGGAAGUGGACUGUGAUACAGUGGUACCUCAGGUUAAGUACUUAAUUCGUUCCGGAGGUCCGUUCUUAACAUGAAACUGUUCUUAACCUGAAGCACCACUUCAGCUAAUGAGACCUCCUGCUGCCGCCGCACCGCCAGAGCACAAUUUCUGUUCUCAUCCUGAAGCAAAGUUCUUAACCUGAGGUACUAUUUCUGGGUUAGCGGAGUCUGUAACCUGAAGCGUAUGUAACCUGAAGUGUAUGUAACCUGAAGUGUAUGUAACCCGAGGUACCACUGUACUCAGAAAGGGAAAAACUGAGCAAGCAUAGUGCUCACUGCUCCUGUCUCUAUCCCCCUCUAGAGAUGGGAGAUAAAUUACGAGGGGACUGUGUAGCUGACAUCUGCUUCCUAUUUACAGCAAACAAUUUAAUCCUGCUUUUUCCAAGUAUUUUGCGACACCAGCCAAUAAGACCAUAAGAGCGUAGUACAGACGUCGUCAAUUAAAACCACUCUAAAUUAAAAGAACCACAGAAAUGACUGAGUGCUACCAGGUCCCUGCUGGAAGAAGAGGGGUUUUGUGAACCUCUCUGAACAUUUAAUGAUCCGCUGUUCAGAAAGAAGGAAAGCUGUGGCAGCAAAUGACUCUUUGCUGUUUACUGUUCUAAUAUGCUGCAAAGACAUAACAGGCAGCAGUGUCUGUUGGCCAGACCUCAGUUGCUGAGUGGGCUUCUUAGAACGUAUGGCCAUAUCUAUAGUAAAGCAUAUUCUAAAGAAGAAUGACCGGAAUUACAACUCGGAAUGAGUGCUCAGAAUUCUCAUAACAGUUCCUUUAACUCCCUCUGAGAACUAUGGUCUGCAGGACUUUUUGUGGAGAAGAAACACCGUAUUUUUUGCACCAUAACACUCACUUUUUUCCUCCUAGAAAGUGAGGGGAAAUGUCUGUGCGUGUUAUGGAGCAAAUGCCUACGGAUGGCGGGGGGAUCCGCUGCAGUCGUGAGCAGAGGAUCCAUGGUUCCCCUUCCUUCCCUCCUCCGUGACUUGCUUUGAAACAGCAAAGCGGGAGAAGAGCCGCUGAGUGGGGAGGAGAGGGACAGAGAGCCUGCUUGCUUUAAAGGAGCAAAGCAGGAGAGGAGAGGAGCCUUCUCCUCUUAUACCCCUCUUCUGCAUUAUUAACAGCAUCCUUCUCCACCCACCCCACGUGUGUUCCUUGUCCCUUGAGUGCUUUUCCUUCCCUCCCCACUUAAAACGUGGUUACAAAGCACGGAUCUACAUGGAUCCUCAGGAUUUUUGCACUGGGUCACCCCAAAUUCACCAUCAGAUCACAUAGCAUGUCCAUGGCUAUAGCUUGCACCAAAAAAAUCACACACCCACUGUUGCCUGGGGCCGCAGUGGUGCAAAAACAUGGUUACAAAGCAUGGAUCCUCAGGAUUUUUGCAUUGGGCUACCCCAAACUCACCGUCAGAUCACAUGUCUGUGGCCACAGCAUGAACCACAAAAAUCAUACAUCCGCUGUUUCGUUUAGAAUAUUUUUUUUCUUGUUUUCCUCCUCUAAAAACUACAUGCGUGUUAUGGUCGGGUGCGUGUUAUAGAGCGAAAAAUACGGUAAUUUAUAAAGCAGUUUUCCUUUGUAGUGAACAUAUUCCCUACAGUCAGCACUUUGAGUAUCUCUCUGAAUUUUAAUAAAGGAGGGGGGUGGGACAAACUAAAAUGUACAAAAUAGCCCCAUCCACAUACAUUCCUGAUCAAGGAAGUGAAGCUGUCAUAGAAUUCACAUUCAUAGAAUCCUAGAGUUAGAAGAGACCCUGAGGAUCAUCUAGUCUAGGAUCUUUAUUUAUUUAAUGUGUUAUCUGCUGGAUCCUCUCCCCCAAAGUCCCUCUGGUUCCAAAGAGAUGAACAAGUAGCCUGCAGACCACUGUUAGAAUAAAAACAGUGACCAAUAUAUUUUUCUUAGCGUUAUUGCAUGCAGUGCUUAUAUCACAAGAGUGCUAUGCAUGCAUUAGGUCAGUCAGCCUUACAAUAACCUUGUAAGGUAGAUCAAUAUUUUUAUCCCCAUGUUUCAGUGGAGCUAGGCUGAAAGUUUGUAGUGAAUGGCUUGCCUCAGGCCAUCAUCAUCAUCUAGUGAGCUCUUCUUGUCCAAGAUAGGGAUUGAAUUUGGGAGCGUCCCUUGUUCAACUCCCUGUCUCUUAACCACUGCAUUCCUCUAGGCCAUGGGUAGGCAAACUAAGGCCCGGGGGCCGGAUCUGGCCCAAUCGUCUUCUAAAUCCGGCCCAUGGAUGGUCUGGGAAUCAGCAUGUUUUUACAUGAGUAGAAUGUGUCCUUUUAUUUAAAAUGCAUCUCUGGGUUAUUUGUGGGGCAUAGGAAUUCAUUCAUCCCCCCCCCCCAAAUAUAAUCUGGCCCCCCACAAGAUCUGAGGGACAGUGGACUGGCCCCCUGCUGAAAAAGUUUGCUGACCCCUGCUCUAGGCUAUGUUCUUACUAAAUAUGCCAAAAGCCUUAACUUUCUAUCUAUCCUUGAUCUUUGCAUAAAGGGCUAAAGCCUUAAACAGCUUGUUUUUUUUCAUUUAUUUUAUUUCACGAAAUGUAUACACCAUUCAAUUUUUAAAACAACAACAACCCCCAAAGUGGUUUUCAAAAAAACAAAAACCAAUAGUAUUAUUGGUAAGAACAAUUAAGAUAGCUAUUUAAGACAUUCAAAAGAUUAAAACCAGCAACAAACUAAAAACAACACCACUGUACGCAUGUGUACCUGUUUUUCACCGGAACAGCUUUUUUAUUUUUAUGCAUGCUUGGCCUUUGCAACAUGGAGAGUUUACUUUAAAUUAUUAUUUGUGGCAAUCUUCUCCUGCUUCCCUCAUUAAGCCCCGUUCACUCGAAAGUGUCUUGCAUCACGUCUUUCAGGCCUUGAGGCUAAAGUUGCUAUUUCUAGUCCCUGCUGAAUUCUUCUGACUCUGCUGCAGUGUUGGCCAGAGGAGUUGCUGUAGAUCACAUAUUUUCCUCCCUCUGGCCUUUAAUUGACCCUGACUCUUUAAUUUAUUUACAUGCAAAAUACAUAAGUGUGCAAAUUCUCAGCCUUUUAAAAAAUAAUCUGCUUUGUUGUCAUGAGCGGCUUAGAUAUUUCAUCUCACCAAUUUAUGCCCAUUGAGAAACUUACUUUUUUAAAACUUCUUUUAAUGUGUGUGUUUUAAGUAACGGGGGGUAGAAACAGACUCAUGUGUAUGGUAGUAUGUGCUAAGCACAGAUUUCCCACUUUAAAAUUGUUGGGUUUGUUUGCUUUUACUUGUUUUAUAAGGUUUAGUGACAUCCCACCCCACAGGAAGAAAGCCAUAUCUGCAGAGAUGGCCUCAUUCAAAAGAGCUCAAUAGCCAGACUGAACUCUUGUUAUGGUUCUUCAUUUUCAUCACAGACUUGGUGUUUGAACUGUCAAUUUCUCUUUUCUUUACUGGGAGACAUGAAUGAUGUGGUGGAAAUAUUAAUUUUGUCAUGUAUAUUCCCAGUGAGAGCUACUAACAUCCCCUAAGGGACAAUUUACAAGCCUUUGCACAAUUAGUGCUGAUGUUUAGUUACAUAAUUAAUUGUUCUUACACAGGAACGAUGUUGUUUAUAUUCUUGUAACAAAGCAGAUUCCCCUCCACCCUCCCACUGUUGACGAUAAGCCUCUACAGUUUUCAAGGCUAUAAUCUCAAGCCUCUUGGGCUUGCUCAGUAUUACAUCGGUGCAGUGAUCUGUAAGAUGCAGUGAGCAUCCAUUCAAACCUCCCAGAUUUUCACUGCCUACACAUACAGUGGUACCUCUACUUACGUUCACUUCCGGUUACGUAUCCUUUGGGAUACGUACGUGGCAAACCCAGAAGUAUUUUUCCAGGUUUCACCCAGCACAUGUGCAGAAGCGCUUAACCGCACCACGCGCAUGUGCAGAAGUGGUCCCUCUGGUUGCGGAAACCUCAGGAUCCGACCAGAGCUCCGGAACAGAUCCUGUCUGCAACCGGUGCUACCACUGUUGCAGAUGAGUAUUGUGGAUUCAGAAGCUUGGCAAUUAAGAUUUCCUCCCCCAGCCAACCGGAUUAAAAAGAAGAUGAAGCUGCUCUUCUCUAACACCCUGUCUAAUAUAUCCUUUACAUUGCAUAACUUGCUGCUCUCUUUAGCGGAUCCCCUCAGGUUCCAUGGUUUUCUUCAGACGAAAUAAAUCUCCUUGCGUUCUGUGGCGCUUCGUAACCUAAAAACUCUCCAGGGAAAAUACAGCAUUUUUUUCUAAAAAAAAGUUUGCACUGGUCCCUUGUAGACACGCUUUUAAGCAAGAUGGCAAUCUAUAGAUGAGGGCAUUGUGUGUGUAUUAUUUUUCUUUUAAAGUAACAAUCACAGCUUUUAUAGAGCAAAACAGAUAGAACACUGUAUUGCAAGAAGUUUGCCCACUCUUAUUCUUCCAUCCUCAAAAGAGAAAUAUAACUGAGACUAAAAUAAAAUAAAAUUCCUCUAUCUUGUGCAUAGAUCUCUCUCUGAAUCGAAACAGAUUGACAUCCUUAGAAAAGCAAGGACUUCUAUUCAUCAUGGGAAAUACGAGGAAGCGGUAAGUGAACAGAAACAGUCCCUUCCAUCUUCCCUUAGUCUUCUGUGUGGUAUUUUAGCGAACUGUUAAAGAGAUGGGGAAAUAAUUUUCAAACUGAGGGCUGCAUUUCCCUCUGAGUAAACUUCCGAGGGGGACGCGGGUGGCACUGUGGGUUAAACCACAGAGCUUGGACUUGCUGAUCAGAAGGUCGGCAGUUCGAAUCCCCGCGAUGGGGUGAGCUCCCGUUGCUCGGUCCCUGCUCCUGCCAACCUAGCAGUUCGAAAGCAUGUCAAAGUGCAAGUAGAUAAAUAGAUACCGAUCCGGCGGGAAGGUAAACGGCAUUUCCGUGUGCUGCUCUGGUUCACCAGAAGUGGCUUAGUCAUGCUGGCCACAUGACAAAGAAGCUGUAUGCUGGCUACCUCGGCCAAUAAAGCGAGAUGCAACCCCAGAGUCGGUCACGACUGGACCUAAUGGUCAGUUCCAUCCUAAGAACUUUUUGAUUUGGGCUUUCUGUGAACUAAUCCACUUGUCGACAGCUGGUUGAAAUUUUGCUUUGUCUGCCUUGCAUUGCAAAACCUGGCAAACAGUUUGCAGUAGUUUAAACUGAAACCGCAACCCCAGAGUCGGUCACGACUGGACCUAAUGGUCAGGGGUCCCUUUACCUUUAAACUUCUGAGGUCAACUUGCUGGUGGCGAGGCAGCGACAGAUGCAAGAGUGGCCCCUUUUUAAAAACCAUUUUUUAAUACAAUAGGCCAGUUUCUUCGCAUGUCCCGCUAUAUUUUCCAUCCAUACAAGCAAGACGUGUCAUCGGAGUCCAAGGACACGUUCCAGCCAGGCAAAAACAGUCAAGUGGGGUCCAAAGCAGGGCUGGUGAGGGGAAAAGGGGUGUGGCUAGGGAGAAGUUGUGCGCUUUGGAGAGUCCUAAGGGCCAGAUAGAGAUGUCUAGACUAGAGGGUCAAAUUUGACCCAUGGGGCCUGAGGCUCCCCUCCCCACCUUAUCUGGGCCUUCCUUCCUUCCCCUAUUGCUAUCUAGUGGUAGAACGUUUACAUUUGAUGUAACAGGGACACGGGUGGCGCUGUGGUCUAAACCACCGAGCCUCUUGGGCUUGCCGAUCAGAAGGUCAGUGGUUCGAAUCCCCGCAACGGGGUGAGCUCCCAUUACUCUGUCCCAGCUCCUGCCAACCUAGCAGUUCAAAAGCACGUCAAAGUGCAAGUAGAUAAAUAGGUACUGCUGCGACGGGAAGGUAAACGCCAUUUCCGUGCGCUCUGGUUUCCGUCAUGGUGCUCUGUUGCGCCAGAAGUGGUUUAGUCAUGCUGGCCACAUGACCCGGAAAACUGUCUGUGGACAAACGCCAGCUCCCUUGGCCUGAAAUGAGAUGAGCACUGCAACCCCAUAGUCUCCUUUGACUGAACUUAACUGUCCAGGGGUCCUUUACCUUUUACAUUUUAUUUUUCAAUUCAUUUCAAAGUUUCAUCACUGGUAGUUGGGUUUGUCUAUGAAAGUUGGGUUUGAACCCAGUUGUGAGUCAGUCUUGAGAGCAAUAGGGUUAUAUUGGUUGUUUCCUUCCUAUAGGUUUCUCUUUGCAGCAAGCUGAUUCGCCUUGCUCUGGAAGGACUCUCAUAUUAUCAUACGUACGACAGGUUUUUCCUGGGCUUCAGUGUCACCAUGGGUUUUGUGGGCUGGACACUUUAUGUCAUUUUGAUUAUUACAAAGAUGCAUACUGAUCUGACGAGGAGUAUCACAAAUAAAGAGGUAAGUUCAGCUCUGCCACUUCUGGGGUCUGCCUGCUUAAUAAUAAUAAUAAUAAUAAUAAUAAUAAUAAUAAUAAUAAUUUAUUACUUAUACUCCACCCAUCCGGCUGUGCCUUUCCAGCCACUCUGGGCAGCUUCCAACAGGAUACUAAAAACACAAUAACACAUCAAACAUUAAAAACUUCCCUAAACAGGGCUGCUUUCAGAUGUCUUCUAAAAGUCAGAUAGUUGUUUUAUUUUCUUGAUGUCUGAUGGGAGGGCGUUCCACCACUACCAAGAAGGCCCUCUGCCUGGCUCCCUGCUUCUUGCAGUGAGGAAAUCGCCAGAAGGCCCUCAGAGCUGGACCUCAGUGUCUGGGCUGAACAAUGGGCUUGGAGACACCCCUUCAGGUAUACUGGGCUGAGGCUGUUUAUGGCGUUUUCUGUAGCAAGUUAGCUCAGUGUCUGGCUUGGCAGGCCUACACAGGUAUUGUUAUUUAUUACAUUUAUAUCUUGUACUUUCACCUGAGUAGAGCUGAGAGUGGCAAAAAACACACACAAAAACAACACACAAGUGCCAAGGGGGAAAAAGGUCUUAAAAACAGUGCUGGAUCAACCAGUGUUUUUCCAGCAUUUAUUCAUCUGCAAGAAAUGUUAAACCAAGGUUAAGGAGAAGGGGGCUACCUCUUUCUCAUACAUCUGACACAAAAAUAAUCCUAUGACAUGUUUCCUGGUAUCUCAUGCGUCUAUUUAAAUAGGGAGGAAAAAAGGUUUUCUCUGACAAGUGCUCAAACACAUAUGCACAGUUGAAAAGAUGAACUGAGAGCAAAGACGUUAUGCUGUGGAAAAAUUAAACCUCUGAAAACCUUUCAUUGUGAAAGGAUUUGCUUUGUUUGGUGACACAAAUGAAGAUCGCUGUUUUCCUAGCAUUUCCCAAUAAAUUCAUGUGAGCAGAGCCUUGGCCUUUUGCAAAGUACAGUGUAAGAUGAGAUAAGCUGGGCUGAUUAAUUAUUCUAAAUAAUUCAAAGAAUACUUAGAGACAAAACGUUUCAUACCUUGUGUUUAGUCUCAAAUAUCCUCUCCCUGUACGAUUCUGAAGAAUAUUUAAAGAUGUAAUUUUAGAGCUGAAUUUCUGGAGGUGUUUGAGAGUAUUACAUAUUACAUCUCUAAAUAUUUUUAAGCAUCUGAGAGUAAAUUAUUUAAAAUGUUCACAUUGCUUUUUAAACAAUGGGGCUCGUAUCCCUUGGAGCUCACAAGAGCAAAUUGGAUUUUUUAAAAAAGGUGCCAUACCACUUCUCACUACUUGUAAUUAUAUCUGACCUUUCUUUCAAAGAACUCGAGGUAGAAUAUGUGGCUUCCCUGUUUUUAUCCUCACAACAGCCCUGUUAGGUAGGUUAGGCUAAGAUGUGGUCAUUGGCCAAAGAUCACCUUGUGCAUUUUAUGGAAUGAAUGGGAGAUUCGAACUGUGGUCUCCACAGUCUUGGUCUGACACUCUAACCACCAAGCUACACUGAUUCCUUAGAACAUGUGUAUGCCUUCAUUUCCCCACAGAUGAAUCCUGGUAGGGUUUAUAUUCCUGGAUGUAUAUGGGUGCAAUUUCACAAACAAGUAUCUAUCUUUUUUAAUCUGCGUUGUUCGGCAGAGGGUAUAAUAUGUGCGUAUAUAGGAAAUUGCCUAGGCCAGGCAUAGGCAAACUCAGCCCUCCAGAUGUUUUGGGACUACAACUUCCAUCAUCCCUGACCACUGGUCCUGUUAGCUAGGGAUGAUGGGAGUUGUAGUCCGAAAACAUCUGGAGGGCCGAGUUUGCCUAUGCCUGCCUAGGAUAACAUUAGAGAUAAGUAAAAGGUAGAUGUUGGAUUUUUCUGUGCUCUUUCCUCAUAUAUAUUGUGCCUGUUUGUAUCUGCCUAGCAUUGUUUUUCAAAUCCGCAUAAGAAAUCCUCAUAUUAUUGGUAUAUACAGUCAUACCUGGGUUGACAAACGCCCUGGAACUUGGACGUUUUGGCUCCCGAAUGCCGCAAACCCGGAAGUGAUUGUUCCGGUUUGUGAACGUUCUUUUGGAACCCAAACGUCUGACGGGGCUUCCGUGGCUUCUGAUUGGCUGUAGGAGCUUCCUGCAGAAACCGCGAUUUUGUUUUCAAACAUUUUGGAAGUCGAAUGGACAUCCAGAACGGAUUCCAUUCAACUUCCAAGGUAUGACUGUAUUCUCAUUUAGGCAGAUUUGAAUCUUCAGUGAUAUAAAUCCUUGCUGGAAGAAAUGUUUUUUUAGAAACUUGAGUUUCCUUAAAGUUAUUUACACAGAUGCUGGUUUUUGUGAUUUGUGGAAUGUUUUGAUUUACAAGUGCACUGCCAGAAUAACAACUAAAAAUUAAUUUGUUCAAAGAGAAGGAAUUCAUUCUCUCCCCCCCCCAACUCCCUCUCUCUGAUCAUGAUCCCGCAAAGCUGUAUACAGUGGUACCUCUGGUUAAGAACUUAAUUCGUUCCGAAGGUCCGUUCUUAACCUGAAACUGUUCUUAACCUGAAGCACCACUUUAGCUAAUGGGGGCCUCCCGCUGCCGCUGCGCUGCCGCCGUGCGAUUACUGUUCUCAUCCUGAAGCAAAGUUCUUAACCCGAGGUACUAUUUCUGGGUUAGCAGAGUCUGUAACCUGAAGCGUCUGUAACCCGAGGUAUCACUGUAUUUGGUCUGUCCCAUAAAUUUUGUUGAGAAAGUGUAUAUGUCAGAUAGAUGCAUGCUUCUUCUACAGAAAUGAUCGGGGUAGGCCUUUCAGAGAGCAGAGCUCCAUGUACACAACACACGAAGAUGGAACUUGCAAGACAAGAACACUUCUGAAAAUGGCAACCUUAUAUAGAGUUCGCCUCCGCCGUAGGGUAUAUAAGUGAAACUUGGCAGUGUCCCUUUGUUAUCACAGUGGCACUGUUGGAUUGUAACACUGAUUGGAAAGCCUAGCUAGGCAGAUUAGCCUGUGAGCAAGCUGUGUGCUGAUGCAUGCAGCUCAAGUUCUCCUCGCUUGGCUCCUGCCUUCCUUGAGCAGCAAAACAAAACCACGAGUUGCGGCCUGCUUAGCAAUUACAUCUGAACCAAAACCUGUGGUCUGCUUCUUCUCAACAAACCUUGAGCAGGAAGCCGAGGUUUGUUUUUAGGCUCUAGGAAGGCCAGGAGCAAAGCACAGGGUGCUUGAGCUGUGUACACGAGUGUACAGUGUAUUCACAGAAUAAUUUCCCUCACUGUGCUUUGAGGCAAGAGUUUACAACUGAACGUGGCAGCUGUUUCCCCCUGAUUCUGUUCUGUAUUGUCGGUGGUUGCUGAUGAUGCGGGAGAGAGGGAAGACAGGGAAAUGAGUGGCUUGGAGAUGUCAGGACACAAUGGCAUUUCAUUGUGUGUUACAGAGUUGGCUAAUUCAACAUGACCCCUUAUGAUAGUAUCUAGUUCCAUUCUGGGACGUGGGUGGUGCUGUGGGUUAAACCACAGAGCCUAGGACUUGCCAAUCAGAAGGUCGGCGGUUCGAAUCCCCACGACGGGGUGAGCUCCCGUUGCUCGGUCCCUGCUCCUGCCAACCUAGCAGUUGGAAAGAACGUCAAAGUGCAAGUAGAUAAAUAGGUACCGCUCCAGCGAGAAGGUAAACGGCAUUUCCGUGCGCUGCUCUGGUUCGCCAGAAGCAGCUUAGUCAUGCUGGCCACAUGACCCGGAAGCUGUACGCUGGCUCCCUCGGCCAAUAAAGCGAGAUGAGCACCGCAACCCCAGAGUCGGUCACGACUAGACCUAAUGGUCAGGGGCCCCUUUACCUUUUUAGUUCCAUCCUAAGAACUUUUUGAUUUGGGCUUUCUGUGAACUAAUCCGCUUGUCAACAGCUUGUUGAAAUUUUGCUUUGUCUGCCUUGCAUUGCAAAAGCUGGCAAACAUUUUGCAGUAGUUUAAUCUGAAACAUUAAAAUAAAAUAUUUGCAAUGUUAAAGUAAUAUUUUACAAGUAUCUGUUUUAUUUUCAGGGAGCCGGUUGUCUUUUCCAGUAUACGUUUCUCGCUGUCGGGGUGUUAAUCGCCAUUUUCCUGCUCAUUCAAAGCUUGCCUUGGACUUAUUACAUAUAUUGUCUGUUACCAGUCCCGAUAUGGUAUGCAGUUUUGAAAGAGUAAGUUUUCAAAAAGGAGGGGUGGGAGGUAGGGAAUCUGUAUGGCUUCAUUUGAAGUUGAUCAAGAGGGAGCAAAAAAGCAAAGAAAGCUUUGGAACAGAUGAGUAAUACCUUCUAAAGUGGCCUGAUAUCUAUUAUUUAUUUAUUUCAAGUGUAAUUCUGCUUCUAAGAAAUAUUGCAAAAUGGUUUACCAAGGAAAUCAAACAACAAGAUUAAAUCAUAUGGCAUAUAAAGCAAAGGGGGGGGGGGAAACAGAUGAAACAUCAGAAGUUGUGUGAUACAACUUUCAGUCAUACAGUAUCCGCCCAAAUUCUACGUUCACUAACUCUUUCAAUCACUUCAAGUUAAUGCACACUAGCAAGUUCCUAUUCCCUCACCCUCAGCUUGAAAACCUGCGCAGGAAAAGUUAAAAUCUUGCAAUAUUCAUGCGCCAUCCACACAAAAAUAAAAGCGUGAUUACGCUGCUGAUGCGCAAGUGCUUUUAAUAUGGCAGAAAGGUAGUUGAAUAACACAAUCCCCUACUUUCUGAGCAGCAAAUUACCUGAUGUGUGCUUUUUUAUUUUUGAUUGGGUAAAUUGUUCUGUAGACUCUAUGCAAUAAAAUUUGAUCGGCAUUGUUAUUUAUGGUUGUUUUUUGUGUGUGGCUCCUGCUGUGCAGUGAACCACAUUCUGUAGGCUAGUACAAUAUGUAUUGAUUGCGGACAGAGUAGCAGUUCAUUGUCAGAAGUGCCAACAUUUCGUUUCAUUUGGUAUUCCACCUUCGUGGAAUGGUUGAGGGAAAGGGCAAACUGGGCAUUUGAACUAUGUGUAGCGGGAGAUGAUGAAGGAAGUGUUGUGUCUGGACUCUGAGUGAGAGAUAGGAAAGUCUGCAGAAUUUAAUUCUGCUCUCUAGCUACUGAAGGCACCCCUCUGAUCCAGGCUACAUAUGAUGUCUUUCGUCUUUCUAAGUUCACUGUCUUGUACACUGAUGUAUACGAAGCAGAAACCUGUGCCACGCAAAAUUUGAACUGGCCCAAAGUAGAUAAUUCAAGUCAUGUCGGUAAAUAGUUAUUCUCUCGUUUCAUGCUGCACUGGAAACUGCUGUUUCCAGUUCAUAGGCAUUGAGGUUCAGGUGACAAUCUAUGUACUUUCUGAUGUGAUAAAAAAUAAUAAUUGCCUAAUGUAAUCUUUUCAUACAGAUACCCAGUUAUUCAGAGACUAGUCGCAUCUUUCGUGAACUUUCAGCCAGCUCAGCUUGCUGGAUUUUUACUCGUUUGCAUCCUGGGAAUUGAAAUAUUAGUAAGUGAUACACCUAAUUAUUGAUUUUCAUUAAUUAGCUUCCACUACUUCAUUGGAAACCUUUUAAAAAAAAAUAAAUCGUACAUUUAAACUAUAAUGAAAAGGAUGAAUACAGAAAAUGUUUUGAGAAAUUAAAACUGGGCUAUGAAGAUAUUAUUUGGGAUAUUAUUUGUUUGAGGAGAAUGUCAGUCUUGCUAACAUGUCUGUAUUUCUCUCCUCUACCUCCAUUGCUAAAUCUAGGUUUUCUCAUUUUUCUAUCGCUCCUCCCUCAGUUUUGGCCUGAUUAUCUUUUCCAUGUGGCCAUUGGUUACUCAGCAGUGGAACCAAGCAAAGGUAUUUAAUGUGCAGAGAGAUUCUGAUUCUUUUACUUAUUUAAGAUAUUUUCACCCCAUUCUUCAGCCGAAAAGGAUCCCAGGGUGGCUUAUAGAUCCAAAAAACAUGAGACGGUCCUUUCCCUCAGACUUGCAAUCGAAAAGCCAUGAUCCAAAAGUGGGGGGGGGGGGGAGAAUGAGGAUGGAGAAAAACAAGCAAAUUCAGGCACCAAUUCUUAAAAGUUGCACAAUUCUCGUAGCAGCCAGCUGGUCAUUACACAAAUCCAUGUGGCUCCUAAGUCCCUUUCUGCUUUAAUGUCACAGAGCUUUAAAUACGUUCUUGAGAAUGGGGUUGAAAGGCUUCUCUAAUUUUAUGACUGUGUGGCAGGUCAAUGGGAAAGUCACUUCACCCCACAAUUGUGCAUCUGAAGAGUGAUUAGUUUUGCCUUUUAUCGCACUUCUUAACCGUACGAUUUAAGGAUGAACUGCAGCUUUAUUCACAUUUUGACCACACACUACGCUUUGGUAAUCCUUAAAUAUAGAAACCUAGGGUACUGAAUUACCGUAUUUUUCGCUCCAUAAGACACACUUUUUUCCUCCUAAAAAGUAAGGAAAAAUGUCUGUGCGUCUUAUGGAGUGAAUGUGUGGUCCCUGGAGCCGAAUUGCCCAGGGGCAAAAAGCAGAUCAUGCCUUUUUUUUUAGAAAGAGGGAAGGGGGUGUUGAAGCAAAACCGCUGAGCAGCUGAUCGGCAAGCGAUUGGGAGGGAUAAGGGACUCUAGAGAUAAAGGAGGCUGCCUAGGAGCGGGGAGGUAAAAGCACUUGGAUCCUCACGAUUUUUGCACUGGGUCACCCCAAAUUCACCAUCAGAUCACAUAGCAUGUCCAUGGCUAUAGCCUGCAUCAAAAAAAUAAUGCAUCCACUGUUUUGUGCGGCCGCAAUGGCACAGAUCCACAUGGAUUCUCAGGAUUUUUGCAUUGGACUACCCCAAACUCACUGUCAAAUCACAUAUCAUGUCUGUGGCCACAGCAUGAACCACAAAAAUCAUACAUCCACUGUUUCAUUCAGAAUUUUUUUUUCUUGUUUUCCUCCUCUAAAAACUAUGUACGUCUUAUAGUCAGGUGUGUCUUAUGGAGCGAAAAAUACGGUACCUUGUAGUUUAUGUGGUGCUGGCCCGGGACAUCUUUCCACUAGAGAAAGCAGAAAAGGCUGCCACCCCCCCUCACUGCCUUUACCCUCUUCUUCUGCUGCGUGCCCACCCACUGCAGCCAACAAAGGUCACCAACAAACACAGGAGGUUGUUUUAUUGGGCUCCCCGAUCAGGCAGAAGGUCCUAUUUGGAUUUUAGCAAACCUGAGUAGAAGCCCACUCCAGAUCUUUCCCUGCUCAGCCCAGGAAGGCCAGGAACUAAGCGGGCGGGACCAUCAUGCACUGGGACACUGGGGGAAGAUUUGCAUGCAGUCCCUAGCCGCCGUCCCUGCUUUCAACUACUGCUUUCAGCCCAAUGCCUGAACAUGCCUUGAGUGCGAAACGUAGCCUUUCGCCCAAAGCUUGCGAUGGAUAACUCUUAAAUGACGUGUGAGACAGAAGGUUGCAUUUGGUGCAGGCAUAUUUUUAUUGAGGAUUCGGAGACCUCCAAAUGGCAAUUUUGACAUGACCUCACCUGAACCCUGCUGUUUCCACUUUGUCUUUCAGUUCCCAUAAUUAGUUUUAUUCGCACACGUGACUCAUUUAUUUGGUGUUUCUUUUCAUUGCUGUAGACCAUCGUGCUAAGCUGGAUUCUUUCGUGUUUGCUUCUGGCAGUCUUCCCCUUGAUGCCUGUUGUAGGAAGAAAGCCAAGUUUCUCUCUAGUGUAAGAGCACAAAUAAAAUUAUUCCGAGCCUCCUUUGGCAUGCACAGAUUUUGUUUUCAUUGGGCGGGGAUUAUGUUAUUGAAAGCGUAUCGCCACUAUUGUUGAAUUCCAGAAUUUAAACAAGGUAAUUGUGGAGGAAAUGCAUGGUUUUUGUUUUUUUUUAUGAGGUUUGUUAUUGAAAACUUCAUUUUUGGAGCACUGCUCUCCUUUUUGCUGGAGAAAGGCAUCCUAGAGUGGUUUCUCUCUAUAAAUGUCUCCCUCCUUGGGGGAAAUCCUAUCCUUGUUUCAGUCUUCUUUCAGAAUAGAGUUAAGAUAUUUCUAAAAGCUCCUACUAGUUGUAGAGCUAUGAGCUCUAUGGAGACCUUUCCUCCUUUCUUUACUUACCUGCCAUGAAGAGGGAAAGCCACUGAAACAGCAUUGUUGGGGAUUGCCUUCUGGGUCCAGGGAGCAGAGGGGAAGAACAGAAGUUAGAGGCCUGCAAUCACAGCAUUGGUGACAUGGUUUGCAGGCUCUUCUCUGCAAACAGAGGGACAGAAGGAUCCGCAAGUGGACUUGGGACCUGGUGGAGUUAGGAGAUGCAGCCAUUCACUGAGAAAGGAAUCAAUGUUUAUACAACUUCCUUGCUUAGUUACUGGAAGGUAAUUCUUCCUCUGUAAAUUGCCAAGUUAGUGGCUUUUUAAAUUUUUGGCACAAUACAGGAAAUUGUGAAGUUAUGGUGAAACAGAGUCUUGUGAAAGGGAAGGAGGACAUCGUCAAAACUUCUUGACUCUGUCUUCCUCCUAGUUCCCAAAAGCUUAGAUUAAUGUUUUAUGCGUGUUGUAUAGUUGCCCUUCAGUAACAUGAUUUCAACUUUAUGAAAAUUAUUCCUAAAACUAUAUAUUCUUUAAAAAAAUCACACAGCCUCACAAAUAUCUUCUGUUUUACAGAACCACAGCAGGGUUGCUGAUUCUGUUGCUGGCUUCAUCUUACCUGGUGACAUGCCUCUGGAAACAGAAAAAGAAACACAUGCCUUGUAAAGAACUCACAAUAUACCUCUUUCAGGUCAGUGACUUCUGUAAACAUGAAUUAUUGAGAAGUGUAGCUUUCAUUUAUGCAGUCACUAUUAAAAAAAAUAUCAGUUCUGCGUAUUCUUCUGGGCCAGCUUACUUUUUACCACGAGUUUCCCCACUGAUUUGAUAUUUCUUAAGGCACUUGUAAUGAUUGGCCGCAACAUAGCACCUCCAAGGAGCAAGCAGAACUCCAAAUGUGUUUCUCUAAUCUGUUGUGAAUGCUAGAACGCUCCACGUUUACAAAGGAGGAUCUCUGUGUAACCGAUUCAUUUUGAGAACUUGCUGUUGAGUGAAGGGAGCCUGUGUCAUGAUAAACCAUGAAUUCGCAUUUUUGGUCCAUUUCUCUGCUACACCCAAACCAUGAUCUCCUAGUCUGCAUUUAACACUAGGUCAGUAGUUGUAGUUUGUUCCCUCUGUGUGCUAUUAAUAGGUGGAAUAGUCCACACCUAUAGGAACCAAGCCAUGCAUGGGUCUGACAGUAUCUUGCACCUGCUUUUGUGAUAGUCUGAGGGCUGACUGCCAUCCCUCUUUUUGGGGUUUUGUAAAAACGUUUCAGAAGUGUGUGGAGCAGCUGUUCAGCUCAUUGUGACCGUGUGGGUAAAACUGGCUUUUUAAAAUAAUAAUUAAAAAGCUCCAGGGAGCGUCUUUAGAUUAUUAUGUGCAGCCCUUUCCUGGGCAAUUGUACAGUGGUACCUCAGGUUAAGUACUUAAUUCGUUCUGGAGGUCCGUUCUUAACCUGAAACUGUUCUUAACCUGAAGCACCACUUUAGCUAAUGGGGCCUCCUGCCGCCGCCGCGCCGCUGGAACACGAUUUCUGUUCUCAUCCUGAAGCAAAGUUCUUAACCUGAGGUACUAUUUCUGGGUUGGCGGAGUCUGUAACCUGAAGCGUAUGUAACCCAAGGUACCACUGUACAGAGAAGCAAAAGAGUUCUGGUGCCGCUGCAGAAGGAAGCCAGCGAUCUUAACUGGGAAACAUAGUUUUCCUGGUGCUUUUCUUCCCUUUCCCCCAAUUUCUGUAGCAGGAGAUGCAGCAGCAGUUGGAAAGCGUUCAUGAAGGUGGAGUUAGGCAUUUGUAUUGGGGAGGUAUCUUGAAGCUCACCGGGGGUGGUGUUGGUGUUGGAGGAACAGUCAGACCUUGCCGUGCCCUAACUCGAAUUAGCUCAGAAUAAGCCUAAUGGUUCCAUGAUUUUGGGGUAUGGGUAAAUUGGUUUCCGUUACUAUUACUUACCCGGGAUAUAUUUCAAAGCUGCAUUGAAAAUGCUUGUCGGAGGAACGCGCAAACAAAACUUUUCAAAGUUACUCGCACAGAUCAUAAAUAAAACCAAUGCAGUCCUCUUUUCUUUCUCCAAUUUUUCUCGUGUCUGUUCGUUUUGUGAAAAACUUAAAAUAUUUCCUCUUUGUCCUUCGUGCCAAGAAUUCAGGACAAAGAUGGUUGUGCAGGGCUGGCACUGGGGGUGUUGGCGGGGGGGGGGGGGAGAGAUAAAGAACAUCCUUGGCUUAUGGCCCCAAACCACUUUGUCAAAAUAGGUUAAGCUUCAUCAUUAUAUAGAGAGUAUAUUUUCUGAGUAUCUGUUGUGUGUUAUGAAACCAGGUCAUUUCAGAAUGUAAACCUACUGUUUUUGCUUAGGCAUGAGAUGCCAUUGAAACUUCCUCCAUGAGAAUAUACACAUACCCACUUUCUCUUAAAGUUCUUUUUUUCCUUUUCUUAGUAGACUCAAAGAACUCCCCUCUUAUGUCUUAAGUAUGCGCGACCUCUAAAACGUAAAAGAAGAUACCCAUAAAAUUGUGCAAGCAUGCUGGGGAACAGAGGAGAAAUUGUCCCACUGAUAGAUCAGGCCCUAUCCACUGUAGAUCUGUGAGUUGUGUACAACCCAUUGUUACACACUGGGACACUCUUUUUCUCGUCAUGCCAUUAGGCUCAGCUCACUUUGCAGUGAUAUGAGAGAGGGCCUUUUCUGCUGUGGUGCCUCGACUGUGAAAUUCCCUCUCCCUGAAGGUGUAGAUGGGAUAAAUUAGUUGAUACUGUCGUCUCAGGGGGUUUCCCCCUGCCCCCUGUGCUGCUGUAAUUUUUUAAUGGUUGGUUUUCUGUUGUAUUUUAUUACUUUAUACUGAAUGUAGUAUGUUGGAAACUGGCCUGAGUUCACUGUGUGAAGAAGGAUGCUCUAGAAAACUGAUAAAUAAAUAGCAAAACACCAAAAUUCUCAGCAUCAGCAUGCCUGCACUUACCUGGAAUUAAGUGCCAUUGAAGUCGACGGUGCUUGUUUCUGACUGCACAGGCUCAAUUUGUAUACUGAGCUUUAGCAAAAGUUCAGCCAGACGAGAUGCAAACUUUGGUGCUUAAUUAAAAAUGCAAACCAUCUUGCAAAGAAAAAUUAAUAUUUAAACUGCUAGCUUGAAGUAGAAACCCCAUCAAAGAAAAGGAAGAGAGCACCCAGCCUCUACUUGUUUAUUUUCUCCUUUUUUUUUUUUUUUAACUUCUGCUAAUCUGUCACAUGCAGAUAUAAAAGCAUUGUUAUUUCCUGAUUCACUUGCUGGAGUAAAGCGAGUCCUUCAGUUACCUUGAUGUACUGGCAGAAAGCGUCAUCCCUUCUGCUCUGGAAAAAACCCCCAGAGCUAUACUUCCCUUUAUCACACCUAUCUAUAAUAUGAAAAUAAGAAGACUGGCUUAUACCUUAACACUGAUGCUGUAAGAUUACUGCGACAGUGUGUGUGAAGCACUUAAGCACUUAGGAAAAGUGCUCUGUUAGAAAUAUUUAAUUAUUUCCAGUUGGAGAUUAUGUAUAAAUCGGAGCUACUGUUAACAUAUUUCUCAUGAAUUCUGUUAGAAAAUUUUGAAGUGUGGCUCAUCACAGGGUUGAAAAUGUUCGAGUUCCAGUGGAUUGCAUAUUAAUUAUUGCUACCCAGUGUAUAUGUAAAAAGAAAAUCUGCUGUAGGCUGGCUCUAAUAGGUACUAAAUAUAAUUUUUCAAAACAUAGUAGUUCUCGGCAAGAGUUUAAUUUCUCCCCAAAGCAUGUUCUUCGUUGCCACUAGAUGUCACUGCAAAUGUGGUAUUGAUGGAAGAAUUAAGGAGCUAAACUGAUUAAGAUAAAAAGCAAAAUAGAUUGCAACCAUGUAAUUUGCCACAACCUUGUAAUGAAAGUCACCUUUUUACUUUCUUUGAAAUACUUCGCUUUAUCCUUGUUUUCCCCGCCGGUUUUCCCUCUCCUCGUGACCUGAGUUGGCUCAGACUGAUUUGGCAUGCUGGCCUUGCCACAAAACAAACCUCUAGGAAUGAAAACAGUUCAAAUGACGCCCACAAAGAAUCCAAAUGGGUUUCCAACCGAGCCAUCUCCGGGGGAAUUUUAUUUGGCUACAGUAAAUAAGGACCGUAAAUUAGGAGUCAAUAACUUCCUGUAAGAGAAUUGUGAUUAAGUUGUAUUAUCUUUUAAAGGAAAGCAGUCCUGCCCUCAGGAUUAGUGUCUGCAAAUCCAUCUUCAGUUUAGCUAAUAUAAUAAACUGUGUUUAGCCUUAUCUUUUCGCUGUUUGAUGCAUGCCUUGGCUAAAUGCUAAACUGAGUCCAUUGUAGUGUAAAAGGUAAAGGUAAAGGGACCCCUGACCAUUAGGUCCAGUCGCGGACGACUCUGGGGUUGCGGCGCUCAUCUCGCUUUGCUGGCCGAGGGAGCUGGCGUACAGCUUCUGGGUCAUGUAGCCAGCAUGACUAAGCCGCUUCUGGCGAACCAGAGCAGCGCACGGAAACGCCGUUUACCUUCCCGCCAGAGCAGUACCUAUUUAUCUACAGUGGUACCUCAGGUUAAGAACUUAAUUCGUUCUGGAGGUCCGUUCUUAACCUGAAACUGUUCUUAACCUGAGGUACCACUUUAGCUAAUGGGGCCUCUCGCUGCCACCGUAAUCUGGGGAACCGGGUUCGCAUCUCCGCUCCUCCACAUGCAGCUGCUGGGUGACCUUGGGCCAGUCACACUUCUCUGAAGUCUCUCAGCCCCACUCACCUCACAGAGUGUUUGUUGUGGGGGAAGAAGGGAAAGGAGAAUGUUAGCCGCUUUGAGACUCCUGAAGGGGAGUGAAAGGCGGGAUAUCAAAUCCAAACUCUUCUUCUUCUUCUUCACCGUGCGAUUUCUGUUCUCAUCCUGAAGCAAAGUUCUUAACCCGAGGUACUAUUUCUGGGUUAGCGGAGUCUGUAACCUGAAGUGUCUGUAACCUAAAGCGUCUGUAACCCGAGGUACCACCGUACUUGCACUUUGAUGGGCUUUUGAACUGCUAGGUUGGCAGGAGCAGGGACCGAGCAAUGGGAGCUCACCCCAUCGCUGGGAUUCGAACCGCCGACCUUCUGAUCGGCAAGCCCUAGGCUCUGUGGUUUAGACCACAGCACCACCCACGUCCCCUUAUUGUAGUGUAAAGCCACAGUCAAAUUGGGGUCUGGCUUUGGCUAAAUUGUCUGGAAGCUCUCAGGUGGGAAGGCUCUCCUUAUCCUGUUUGUUGCUUUAAGAACAGCUCCCUCAGCUGACAGUAUGGUGCAUGAUGUUAACACUCCCAAGGAAUGAAGGAAUAUGAUGAGCUGGACAGCCACGACAGCUGUACAAUGGCAGGUUUUAGUUGUGAAUGAGAAGGGAAGCUGCCUCUGUUUAUCUCCACGUCAAGGCCAUUUCACACACUGCACAGUAGUAGCAAGCUAUCAGGACUUUUUCACAUUAUCGCUGCCAAACAAAAUCAAGAGCUGCUUGAGGGGCACAUGUACUUGUGUGGCAGAUACACUUGUAAACGUUUAUUCACUGUUUAAAUGAACAUUCAAAACAUCUUGGGGCAUAGGUGCCAACUCCUCCCUGGGUGCCUGAGCACCCACAAAAUUCCCCAUGUGAGGGCCGGGCACCCACAGAUUUUCGUGCCAGGGUUAUGCACCCUGCAUGGCAUCCAUGGCCCCAGGAACCCACUGUCGCGGGGCCAAGUUGGCAGUCCUUUUUGGAAUAUUCUAGAAACACUCCUGUCUUGGUAUAUACCUAGUAUGUCAUGUGCAAACUGGUCCUACGCUUGCUGAAAGAAGCAAAAGCAUUUGUGAGCUGUUGACUUCCCUCUCCACAACCCCAAGGCGAUUUAGUUAGCGUUGGUAUUUGGAAACUGAAAAAUUCAAAUUCUGCAGAGAUAAUUACGUCUAACUUAAACAUUAAUCCUAUGCCAUUUUCCUGGGUUCUUGAAUGAGCUUGAAACACGACUACCAAGCCAUUUCUGUGAAGCCAAAUAAAUAGACAUUUAUUUUAUUGUUUGCAUUAAUCAGGCUGCACAAAAUCAUACUACUUCAUAUUCUACGUUUUGUUUCAUUUUUUCACUCACAACACCUAUCUCUCUUGAAUGGCUCUGCAGAGCUUCUCAAGUAUAUUCCUUAAGAAAGAGAGAGAGAGAGAGAGAGAGAGAGAGAGAGAGCCCAAUAAAAUGGCAAACUUCUGUGAGUUUUUUUUGUUGGUACCAACAUAGAACACAAAUACUGUUGUAAGAACAGCCUUGAUCAGCCUAAAACAGGACUGUUUUGGCUUCCACACAGCAUUCCCACCCCACCCUCAGUGUGUACAGUACAUUUUCAUAAUGGAAAAGAUAAAUUUAAUGUUGCUCUUUAUGUUUGCAGAGCAAACAGAUCCACCCCAGCUUCCAUCUUUUUGUGGUGUUGCUGAAUAAACAUGUUUGGGAACAACUGAGUACAGAUGCCUUCCAGGUUGGAAUUACCUGGGUACAUUUUUUGUGUUACAUAAUUAAAUGUAUCUAGCCUAGUAAACUCUUCGUAUUGACUUCUUCCUCUCCUUAUCGGCUGUUAUGGGUGAGGUCUGCCAUGUAAGAAAAAGGCCUAGUGAAGCCUUCAUUUUGUUACUGGAUUCUUCCAGCCUCCCCUCCACGGUGCUUUUAAAUAUUUGCCUGUUCCCAAAUAUUAGCUGCUAUUUUCUAAAACUAGAUUUAACUGAUUUCCUUCUGCUGUACUUGAGGGCAUUUAUUGGGAAUCCCUUAUAAUGAACAGCUCUGUUGCUGUGAAGAUGGAACAAAAGAAAGCAAUCAUGGCGGCUGCUGUUGUGUGCAAUUUUUAUAGAAAUGAGCGAAAUAGAAAAUUGAUUCAAAAUAUUUGGGAAGGGGUUUGUUGGCUGAUGCUUGGUGACAACACAGACCCACCAUCUGGAAUUCCCUCCCUUGGGUAAUUUGUGAGGAAGAGAUCGUAAUGGCCUUUAAAUGCCUCUUGAAGACUUAUACAUUUACCCGAGCUUUUCUGGACUCUGACUCUUAAUUCUCUGUUGUGUACACUGCUCUGUUUUAUUUGUAAUCUAUAGUUUAUAUUUACAGUGGUACCUCCGGUUGCGGACGGGAUCCGUUCCGGAGCUCCGGUCGGAUCCCGAGGUUUCUGCAACUGGAGGAACCACUUCUGUGCUAGCUCAUGGCACGGUAGAGAGCUUCUGCGCAUGUGCGCGCGGCAAAACCCGGAAAAAUACUUCCGGGUUUGCCGCGUACGUAUCCCGAAGGAUAUGCAACCGGAAGUGAACGUAAGUAGAGGUACCACUGUAUUUUGCAAAUUUUCUUUACUGCUUAACUGUAAACAAAAUCUCUAUGUGGAUCUUCUCCCCCGCAAAUAAAGUUAAAUUUUUGGUAAAAAACAAUGGGGAAAAAAGUUUAAAAACUGAGCCAGGUGGGCGGGGUAUAAAUAAUAAAUUUAUUAUUAUAUAAUAAUAAUAAUUAUUAUUAUUUAAAAAGCAAAAUGAAUAAAAUCAUUUAACAGUGUACAAUAGAAACUAAAGUUACAACUUCAUUAGAGAUAGGUUUUGUUCUGUUUGGUCCUAUUUUUUUAGGAUUAUUGAAUGACAUUGUUGUACUUCUGUUGUUUUAAUGACAACUGCUUAGAAAUAUUUGUUUUAUUAAGUGGUAUAAAAGACGACUUUCUUUUUUUAAAAAAGAAUUAUUUAUGAUUUUCAGUUAUAUACAUUUAGAUAGUUUUACAAUCCUAACAUUUCAAAACUUGACUUCCUUCCUCCUCUUUCUGUGGUUCCUUAUAACAUUUCCUGCAUAUGCUAAAUUAACUUAUUCAUCAACUUUAAAUAUACACUGUUGUGAAACUGCAGGUUAUUACAAUAAUCCUGCUAAAAGACGACGCUUUCGUUGCGGAGCGAAUUCCAUAGGGAGCAGAAAGUGCUUUCUUUUUUCUCCUGUCUUGAAUCUUCCAGCAUCCCAUUACUACAAAUUUCAUCUGAUGUCCCUGAGUAUUAUGAGACAGGAAGAAAUACUUCACUCUAUCCUCUUCAUAGGGACGCGGGUGGCGCUGUGGGUUAAACCACAGAGCUUAGGACUUGCAGAUCAGAAGGUCGGCGGUUCGAAUCCCCGCGAUGGGGUGAGCUCCCAUUGCUCGGUCCCUGCUCCUGCCAACCUAGCAGUUCGAAAGCACGUCAAAGCGCAAGUAGAUGAAUAGGUACCGCUCCAGCGGGAAGGUAAAUUGCAUUUCCGUGCGCUGCUCUGGCUCGCCAGAAGCGGCUUAGUCAUGCUGGCCACAUGACCUGGAAGGUGUACGCCGGCUCCCUCGGCCAAUAAAGCGAGAUGAGCUCCGCAACCCCAGAGUCGGUCACGACUGGACCUAAUGGUCAGGGGUCCCUUUACCUUUAUCCACUUCAUAUAUUAGAUACACCUUUAUCAUGUCCCUUCUUACUUGUUUCCUCUCUGUACUUAAAAGCCCUGAUUUGUGCAAGGGCAUUACAAUACAGGCAGUUUUAUCUCACGCGUGUUUGUAUAGAAUUAAAUUUGCUGUUUUACUGCCCACACACCCAAUUUGGAGAGGCCCUUUUGGCAUGCCUUGCCUUAUCCACUCCAAACAGUUCGGUAUCACCAGUUUCAGUUCCCUGUAGACUCCAGUGAACAGGUAAAUGUGGGGCGUAGGCUUGCUGCUCUACCCUUUACAGCCAUCCAGCUGCAAAGUAAGGACGAAGCUGGAAAUAACUUCAGUUCCUCUGUAAUAAAACUUGAUUGAUAGACAAACAUAAAGUGGAACGGCAGGAUGACUCUGGCUAGUGCCUUUACUGGCUGUUGUGGGGAAAAGGUUUGCAUUAAAUUAAUUUUCAAGUCCGAAGUCUAAGCUGUUGUUGUGUAGGGCAGGAAAGAGAGAAAGAGAGAGCCCAGAAUAUAUUACUUAAUGCCCUCUCUGUGGAUUGUCACAUGAUGGCACGCCAGGCAAAGUUUUAUUGAACCAGCAUAAAAACCGGUGCCAGAUAUCUGCUGCUUUGUGAUCUACUCUAAUUACCUCUCUAAUCUGUAACUCUGUAAGCUUGGAAAUGGACUCCUAUUGACAGGUCUACCUCUUAAAUAAACUUUGUUGAAAGCCUUCCUCCAAAAGUUUGUUUCGUUUCCCUAUUUAUUCUGCCUAGGUGAAAUCAAGCGUGAAAUGCAGUUAUGCAAGUAUGAAUCAACAGUUUGCUCUGGGAGUUGCUGAAUACUUUACGGUGGCAUCCAAAACAUAAUGGGGUUAUACAAUAUUUAAAGCCUCCAAGUAAACAUGAUCAAUUGAAAUAUGUUAAGCAGUAUGUGGUUCCUAGAGAUUCUGCAUUUUUAGAUUUUUUUAUGUAGUUCUUAACUUUUCUUGCUGUGCCCAGGCUACUUGGCAAGCUUUUUCCAUAAUCCUGAACAGUAUUACUGAACAUUUUUGCAAAAGAGCACUCUUCCUACAUGGCAUUGAAACUACUGUAUAUAUUUUUUCCAAGCAAAGAAAACCAGUCUGACAAAGUGAAAGGAUAGAUUCUGAAUUGUAUGUUAAGAACCAAGAACCUUUGGGGAGAGGGAGACAUCCUACAAGCCAAUUCUGCAGAAAGCUAAACUGAGAUUGUGCUGAGGGUUUUCCGGUAUCAUGUAAAACCACAGUAACUGCAUAAGCAGUUCAGAACAAAUAACCUGACUGCCUCCAUAUGAGCUACUGAGCUCGUAUAGAGAUGGAGUUGGGGGAACUGAUGCCAGCAAGAGGAUGCAAAUAGCCUGGCUCCCAACUCCAGCAUCACUGUGGGCAAAGCAACAGUUACCUGCGACACUGUGGUCCGAUCUGCACCAUUUCCCCAAUGUUGCCGCUUAGGGUGCUGAAUUAUUCCAGAUCAUGGAGCCCAGUGCAGUUUGCACUGAGUGGUAGGAACCCUUGAAGGUCUCUAGUCUUUGCCAUCACCUGCUACCUAAUCUUUUUUUUUAGCUGCAGGUGUUGGGGAUGGGACCUUUUGCAUGCAAACCAUUGCUCUACCAUGGGGCUAUUGAUGUUAGAAUUCCUGCUCCAUGACUGCAGUCAUGGGAUUUUUGUCUCUUACAUGACGGUGUAUGCUUUGACUCCACAGAGUGGGAAGUGAUGGAGACAGGAUGUUUGUGUUACUGUGUUCCGUGAAGUGGGACUAUUGUCCUUUGUUCUUUUUCUCUUUGCUGUCUGAUGCUAGAGAGAGAGGGAGCCAUGUUGUAGUGCUCCGUGUGUGUUUAUAUGGAAAUAAAGUAGAUUAGCCAAAAUGCUGAGUUGCUGAGGUCUGAUACGCAAGCUGCGAAGACUCUGCGGAUCCCUAGGUGUGCCGAUGUCUGUUGGCAUCGGUCGCUGUGAUGUUCGGGCUGAAGGAAGCUUUUGAAGCUCCCGAACGAUCGACCAGGAGGGAGAGAACAUGCCAGUCGGGCAUGUGUCUCUGCCAGGGUCCUACUCGAGUGUAGGAUGAGCUCCUGACAAUUAUCCCGUCCCCUGAGGAAGCAGGAGAUGCAGAAAAUGUGUCCUUGUAGGAGCCAGCAUGCUGCAAAGCUUAUAGAAAAGCUGUUGUGACGGCGAACACGUGUCCCACUGCUCUUUCAUACUGGGAGAGGCUAUUUUUUUCCUGCUGGUUAAAUGGCAUAGCCAGUCGUAUGUGCCCUACUCAGAUCAAGAACUUAAGUCAUGUAGGGCAAGUGCAGAUUCACACAUCACAUCUUGAAUCCUACUGUGCAUUUCAAUGACAAAUAUCUCUGUGAAGCUGUCAGUUGUACAUGCUCAUUUACAGGACCAGAGUUCCCCAUAAUAUAUACGCAUGGCAGGGCAUGAUGGGUUACGUACUAUUUCGUUCUUCAUGGGGGCAUUGGGAACCCCAGCCAUUUAAACACAUGUGCUCAGUGGGAGGGCUGUACAAGUGUCUUGCCCUUUAAACAUGGGUGCUUUUUCUAGCUAAAAGUGUCAAAUCUGCUUCCGUUUCCUUUCUUUUUGUUGGUUUUGGUUUAUACGCUUAAGCUUUGGUGCCUUUGCAGAAUAGUGGAACCACCCAGAUUAAUUGCUCCCUUUCCUUUCCUUUAUUAGUUUCUCAGUCUGGCACUGUCAACUUACAUCGUGAACAGUACUCGCAGUAGUCUUCACAACAAACAAGGCUUGCCUACAACAAAUCAGAUUAUUAGCUGGACAACAUUAGGUAAGCACUACUUUCCUUAACUGGGAUUAUCCUGGUCCGGCAUGUAAAGACAUGUAUAUAGACACACAUUUCCUGCUAUUUAAGAGUUUAACCUGAAGGGACAUGUCCUUGACUGGCAGCAGCUGGUUACAGAAAGGUAAUGUUCUGUGAUUAUACAUAAAUAGAAGCAUCCAUAAGCAUCAUCCUGCAAAAAAAGAAAAGGAGAACAUCAGCACCCUCUUCAAGUUCACAUGAGCGAUAUUGAUUUAGAAGUGGACCGGCUUUUGGAGAUUAAUAGCUCAGCCUGGCAUUAAUGAGAUGCAUCAUUAACUAUUGUGGAGUUCAGAUGCAUAGCGUUGAUGCUGCAAAAACUGGAACUGGAGGAAUGCUUUUUGUUCUCUUCUUCCAGUUGAUAUUUUGCUCAGUGCCUCUUACGAUAAGGCAGGCUUCUUCCACCCUCUAGGUCAGAGCUUUCCAAACUGUGUGUCACGAAAUGUAAGUGUGUUGGCUGCAGUGUAUAGGUAUGUCGUGCGAAUGCACUCCUCCUGGGGCUGGAAAGGGGUUAGUUUAACCUCCGGUUUGCUAGUAAAACCGAAUUGCUGUGUCGCGAAAUGAUGCAUGUCUAAAAAGUGCGUCACCAGUAUGAAAAAUUUGGAAGGCUCUGUUCUAGGUCGUUCCAAGCUGUUUCUCCCUACAACCUAGCAGUUUGAAAGCACGCCAGUGCAAGUAGAUAAAUAGGUACCACUGUGGUGGGAAGGUAAACAGCAUUUCCAUGCGCUCUGGUUUCUGUCACGGUGUUCCGUUGCACCAGAAGCGAUUUAGUCAUGCUGGCCACAUGACCCGGAAAGCUGUCUGUGGACAAACACUGGCUCCCUCGGCCUGAAAGCGAGAUGAGUGCCGCAACCCCAUAGUUGCCUUUGACUGGACUUAACUGUCCAGGGGUCCUUUACCUUUUACCUUUCAAGCUGUUUCCCCCUACAUUCCGGCUUGGUCCCCGUUCAUAUAUACAUAGUCAUUCCAGCACCAAAGUACUCCUUCAAGAGAGACAACUCAGGCAUGCUUACUUCAAUUGUCCAAAUAAGCACGAUUGAGCCUGGUAAUUGAUGCUUUUGAAUUAUGGUGCUGGAGGAGACUCUUGAGAGUCCCAUGGACUGCGAGAAGAUCAAAUCUAUCCAUUCUGAAGGAAAUCAGCCCUGAGUGCUCACUGGAAGGACAGCGUGAAGCUGAGGCUCCAAUACUUUGGCCACCUCAUGAGAAGAGAAGACUCCCUGGAAAAGACCCUGGUGUUGGGAAAGAUGGAGGGCACAAGGAGAAGGGGACGACAGAGGAUGAGAUGGUUGGACGGUGUUCUCGAAGCUACAAACAUGAGUCUGACCAAACUGCGGGAGGCAGUGGAAGACAGGAGUGCCUGGCGUGCUCUGGUCCAUGGGGUCACGAAGAGUCGGACCCGACUAAACGACUAAACAACAAACAACCAAUAUAAGGCUGUUGGUUGAGUGGCGCAGAAUCCCAUGAAAAAAGUUGUAUCCAAACUUGGCCACCUCUUUUCAUGGGGUAAACUCGGAAUCGUUGUAGCAGAUAGUCUUUUUGUUUUGUUUUUGCUGUGUGGUGGAUAUUCCACUGCAUUCAAUUCAAAGAGUGAGGAAAGAAACCAUUUUCCUGCACCCUAGCUUCUAGGAAUGUGAAUGCAAACUACGCAAGUCAUACAUUGCUCCCAAGCUUUGAGAGUCAUUGAGGGGGGUAUUCAAAUAUGUUGGUGUUGACAGAUGAUAUUGUGUUUAUUGCAGGUUCGUCCUUGGUAGUGCCACUGCUAAGCCCCACAUUUCUCUUCUCAAGGUUGCUGAGCAUAUUUCUUUCCCUGAUGUCAACAUACCUUCUGCUUAGUACAGGGUAAUUCUCUCUCUACUUUGUAAAUGAAAUUCCAGCAUAUAUAUAUUUUUUGUGUUUCUCUUGACUAAGCAAUUUUAAAGUCAUGUAUUUUCAUUUUGCCAGAUUCUUGUCAUUCUUCCAUUGCAUUUAACCAGUAAGACGCAAAGUUCCAGAUGCUGCGUGUGUUUAAAUCUCAUUGCCGACGUCGUGGAGUAAACAUUUAGCCAGUGAUUUGUAUGACACUCUGAAACAUUUUUUCUGUAGCUCCUUUGAUUGCAUUGAUUCAUGAGGACACAUAUGGUAGCUAACACACACACACACACACACACACACACACACACACACACACUAUGAUUUCAAAUACAAUAGAAACCAGAAAGUAAAAAAGAGGAAGGAGUAAUGAGCACAGGGGGAUCAAAUAAAAACAAGUGUUUGAAUCAUUCAGUUUUCACUUCUUAUGAUCUCCAACAGCAUUUGGAGAUAAACAACAAUUCAAUCCAAAAUUUGUGAAUUUGACACAGAAAUUUGAAGAGAUGAAAUCCCUGCCCCCAUUGAUUACUUUUAAACCUAUGCUUUUAAAUAAAGCAUCUUGGGGGUUGGUUGAAAUAUUAUUACUAAAAGAAAAGGGCGGUGAAUCCAAAUGUAAAAAAAGAAGAAGUUUCCCCUAGAAUUUCAAAUGUAAUAAUAGAGUUGCAUGGAAUGUCACACUGAGGUUUAUAUUUUUAGCAAGCUGCAAUCAAAGCCCCUUCUUUUGUCAUAGUAUUUUAAUACAGUAGCUCUGAAAAAGGGCUGCUGGAGGAACAAUCGGUUCACUCUGUAAUAGUGUUUGUGUGUUCGUGUGUGUGUGUGUGUUUUCUGAAUGCAUUCAUCUUUUGACCACUAUGAAAUUGGCUCCCUGUAGUGGAAAAGAAGGCAGUCACCUUUGAUGGCAGUAGCCAUUUUGAAUUUUUCAAGCAUCCUGGCUUUCUGAGAACAACAAAAUGUGGCCAUCUCGGUUCACUUCUCCCUAAAAAUAAUUUUGCCACAUCCACAAAACGUAGCUCAAACAAAACAGCCAAUUUCUAAGGUGACGAUAAAUUUCUGAGGCUGAUAAAUAGUACUUGCCAGUUAACUAGAACCCGACUUGAAGGUAACAAUUUCAAAUGAGGAGAGAAUUGCCAAGUAAGGGCAAUAUUUCUUCCAACUGUUUGGCAUUUUCUGUAUUAAUCGGAACAAUAUGCAAGUGAAUAUGGAGAGCUCAGCUUGACUGUGGCCAACACAGUUGUUGAACAAGUUGCCAAACCACUGCCCUGCCACACACAAACACCCAACCUAGUAGCAUUUGUUAUGGAAGGGUAGUGGAAGAAAAAUAAAUUUGAUGCCUGGGUUGCUUUUUUUUAAUUUCAAAUGUAUUUUGACGUAGAUAUGAAGCACUUUUCCCCCUGGCGUUGGCUUUGUUGAUGUUUGUGUGGAUAAAUAUGGAACAAGAAGCAGUACAACGUUACGGCAUUUCACCAAAGCCAAAGGUAACCCUUAUUUUCACCGUAGGUAAAUACCACGUAGACAUUUAGUUACUGGGCACUAACUUUGAUUAGACUUCAUUGCUUCUGGUGUGUGUUGUCUAGGCAUUAUUUGGCUAGGCAUUAUUAUUCUCAAAUAAAAGAAAAAAGGAUUCUCUUUUCCCUCAACUAGGGUGGCCCAAAAGGGUCAUAGACCAGGGAGUGUUGAUGCAAAAUCCCAAGUACCAGCAGCCAUUUCCACUAGGCAGAUGCAAACUGAUACCCAUAAAUCCUCAAAUCUUACCAUAUGUUUAAAAUAGAUGGGUGGAAGUGAUUUUAAACCCACAUUUUAGGCAAGGCAUAGGCAAACACGGCCCUCCAGAUGUUUUGGGACUACAACUCCCAUCAUCCCUAGCUAACAGGACCAGUGGUCAGGGAUGAUGGGAGUUGUAGUCCCAAAACAUCUGGAGGGCUGAGUUUGCCUAUGCCUGUUUUAGGCCGUGGUCAUGUAGCAUUCAGGUUGGCUGCAGGGGUGAAGACAGCACAGGCAGAUCUCAUAAAAUUCAAAGUAGCCCACUGGCGCAAAGUCCCUAGCAGCUACACUGAGAAACUAGAGCAGGUGUGGAGAGCCUUUGGUCCUCCUGAUGCUGCUGGAAUACAACUCCCAUCAGCCCCAGCAAGCACGAUGGGAGUUGUGGUUCAGCAAUAUUUGUUCUUCUUCAAUAAAAGGCAGGGGGAAAGGGAGACCAGAACAGGGUCUUUUAAUGCCAGCUCCAUCACAGAGGUGUCUGUGGAGGGAAUACAGCUAUAUUGAUUGAAAAUGUAUUUUGUUGUCACUUUUGAAUAAAUGUUUUUUGAAUUUUUUUUAAAAGCAAUUUCUGGAGGGCCAAAGGUUCCCCACACCUGAACUAGCUUCUUGGAGAAUGAAAGAAACCGAACCAUGCUUACUCUCUCUGGAGCUAGCUCAGUUUGCUCUGCAGUAACCUGGCUGAGUGCUAUUAUCCAGUUGAGUGCUCUAAUGUGGGAGCAAUGGAAAUAAGAAGUUAUUAGGUGCUAUGCUGUCAAUCCACGUAAAUCAACACUGCACCAGAGGGAAGGAAUUAACAGGCAGUCGCGAAUACGGCACCUCCGUUGCUUCCCGCUGUAGCUCACUAGAGGAGAAUGCUUCAGCUGCAAAAAUCACCUUUUUUCUGAAUUAUGAAAAUAUGUCUCCUUCCAGGACGUUUGGGGAAAAGCAGGAAGAAAUAAGAGAGCAAAUGGAAAGUUCGGGGAGUUAUUUCCUUACCUAAGGCAGCAGAAGCAUUUAUACUUGAUCAUCCUGCUUGAGCGAUAACUUUAUUGAGAGUCAUUAAAGUAUAAUAAAACUGUUGGGGAAGAUGCUAUCGUAGCAACAGACAUGGGCUUCUCUGAAGGAAUAACUCUUUAAAUUCUCAUUUGCUCCCCGGAAAAUAUACCUUUAAUAUCAACAGGAUACCAGCUGACAUUGUGGCAUUGAUUUCUCUUCUCUCUUUUACAGCUUGCUGCUCUCAGCUUUUCAUACACUAAUGAUCUAACACAGUUCCGACAACUUCAUUUGGAUGACGUCCGGCGAUCUUUUUUCUUCGUAUCCUUUUUCUUCCCUGGGUGAAGGCCUGGUUGCAAUGCGAUGGGUUGGUUUUUCAUUUUCAUUCCCUUCCCCUCUAAAAAAGCAAAAUCUUGGUUUCUUAGGAUGGGCCUGGCUUGGAAUGGUGGAUAAUUUUACAAGCAAAGUGCUUGUCAAUGGGACAGGAAGCAUACAUGCGGCCUAGGACCCACGUACCUACUGGACCGCCUCGCCUGGUAUGCCCCGCAGAUGACCUUAAGGUCCACAAAUGACAACAUUUUGGAGGUCGCAAGUCACAAGGUGGUUAGAUUGGUCUCAACUAGGGCCAGGGCCUUUUCAGUACUGGCCCUGACUUGGUGGAACGCUCUGUCACAAGAUACUAGGGCCCUGUGGGACUUGACAUCUUGCCGCAGGGCCUGCAAGAUAGAGCUGUUCUGCCUGGCCUUUGGUUUGGACUCAGUCUGACCCUUAUGUUUCCCUCCUCUUAUGGUUUUGAUCUAUGGGCUACUUUUAAAAUGAGGCUGCAUUUUAAAUUGCAUUUUAACCUGUAUUUUAAAUUGCCCCCCCCCAUUAUGUUUUUACUGUAAUUUUACUGGUGUUAGCUGCCCUGAGCCCAGCUCUGGCCAGGGAGGGUGGGGUAUAAAUAAAAUUUGUUAUUUAUUAUUAUUAUUAUUAUGAGGAAUGAAAGUUUACAUAACAAUGCUGUUGUUGCUGCAUUGAGCCUAUGUACUGCGCCAAGUUUUUAAAAUUAAAAUUUUAAAACGAUAUCCAGAAAAGUUUAGUAAUGAAGCUUCCCAGUUAGGACUUGUGUGCUGGCCUUUGGUUAACCUGAUUUUCCAUGAGUUGAUUCAUACUGCAUAUAUUUAGCAUACUGGCACUUUUGUGGUUUUGUGCUUUUCGUCUUCCUCUUGUCUUACACAGAAAUUGUAGGUAUGAAUCUCAGAAGAAGAGUCUUGCUCACUAUAUCGUUGGGCCAUUAAACACUUCUGAGAAGUACAUGCUUUGGAUUUCUUUAUUUGCAGUUAUGCAGGGGUCAGCAAACUUUUUCAGCGGGGGUCCACUCAGACCUUGGGGGGGGGGGGGCGGACGGACUAUAUUUUGAAAAGAAAAAAAAAUGAACGAAUUCCUAUGCCCCACAAAUAACCCAGAGAUGCAUUUUAAAUAAAAAGACACAUUCUACUCAUAUAAAAACACCAGGCAGGCCCCACAAAUAACCCAGAGAUGCAUUUUAAAUAAAAGGACAAAUUCUAAUGUAAAAACACGCUGAUUCCUGGACCGUCCGCAGGCUGGAUUUAGAAGGCGAUUGGGCCGGAUCCAGCCCCCGGGCCUUAGUUUGCCUACCCAUGUAGUUAUGCUUUCCUAACAGUGAGAAAGCUACAUUAAUAUAUAGAGUGGGGGGACAAUUUCAAAGCUUUGCAGGGAUGUAUAUACUUGACGUCUUUAUAUAUGCAUCUAAAAACUGAGGCUUGGGAUUUAGGAGAAGGCAGUAAAGAUCUUUCUGACUCCUGUUUCCCUUAAUUUGCUUUAGUACACAUCACCUACAGAUAGAGUUUUCGGUUGUUACCUGAAUGCUGAAUCUAACGAGGUCUUGUUGAACAAACAAAUGGGACCUGCUUUCACCCUGUUAAAAUCUGAGUAGUCCUACCCCUUUUCCUACUUUUCCUAUUGAAAAAUGGAAACUGAUCGAUCAGAACAGGUAUGCUUUAAGAAUGGUUUGGUUACCCAGCUACUGUUCACCUGACAUGUUAAAAACCAUGUGACUCUAACACAAUGUAAGAUGGGGGGAAAAGGAAUGAGCAGAUGUUGCUAUAUAAAAUUGGCUAUUACAUACACGGGCUUUGUCUUCCUGAAAGAUGGGCUGCCAAUAAUAUUUAAUCUACCCAUUAAUUGUGAUUGAGACAAAGGCAUCUAUUUGGAUGUCUAAUCAAAAAAUGUUCUAAAGCCUUUGCAAGCAUUAUUCCUCUCUUCUCACCUCCCAUGCACAGCUUGGUGUGUUCUGGAUAUUUUUACCAUUAUCUUAUACCUGUGGUGCAAAGUUGUCACUGGGAAUGCUUAUACCGCUAGCAUGUGAAAGAAGUGUGACCGUUUGCUCAAUAAGGAGCAUGUUGUGUUUUCCUUAGCCCUACCCAGGUUUUCUUCCAAGUGACAGCCUUUUUCGGUACUGGAAACAUAGCUUCUGUGAACAGGUAACUAUUGUGAACUACGUCUAGAGAGGUUGGAAGUGGAAUUCCAUAAGUGGGGUGCCACAACAGAGAAGGCCCUGCCCUAUGUCACUACAUAAUGGAUUUCUCUUGGCAGUCAAGCAGCGCCAUCCUGUCACAUCUUAACACAUGAGUAGCCUGAUACAGAGCGUCUGGAGGCGGUUGGAGGAUGGAUGGCGGCUAACAGAUUGAGGUUGAAUCCUGACAAGACAGAAGUACUGUUUUGGGGAGACAGGAGGCGGGCAGGUGUGGAGGAUUCCCUGGUCCUGAAUGGGGUAACUGUGCCCCUGAAGGACCAGGUGCGCAGCCUGGGAGUCAUUUUGGACUCACAGCUGUCCAUGGAGGCACAGGUCAAAUCUGUGUCCAGGGCAGCUGUUUACCAGCUCCAUCUGGUACACAAGCUGAGACCCUAUCUGCCUGCGGACUGCCUCGCCAGAGUGGUGCAUGCUCUGGUUAUCUCCUGCUUGGACUACUGCAAUGCACUCUACGUGGGGCUACCUUUGAAGGUGACCCAGAAACUACAACUAAUCCAGAACGCGGCAGCUAGACUGGUGACUGGGAACGGCCACCGAGACUUGAAAGACCUACACUGGCUCCCAGUACGUUUCCGAGCACAAUUCAAAGUGUUGGUGCUGACCUUUAAAGCCCUAAACAGCCUCAGUCCUGUAUACCUGAAGGAGCGUCUCCACUCCCAUCGUUCUACCCGGACACUGAGGUCCAGCACCGAGGGCCUUCUGGCGGUUCCCUCACUGCGAGAAGUCAAGUUACAAGGAACCAGGCAGAGGGCCUUCUCAGUAGUGGCACCCGUCCUGUGGAACGCCCUCCCACCAGAUGUCAAAGAGAACAACAACUACCAGACUUUUAGAAGACAUCUGAAGGCAGCCCUGUAUAGGGAAGCUUUUAAUGUUUGAUGUAUUACAGUAUUUUAAUAUUUUUUUGGAAGCCGCCCAGAGUGGCUGGGGAAGCCCAGCCAGAUGGGCGGGGUAUAAAUAAUAAAUUAUUAUUAUUAUUAUUAUUAUACAGAGGGAAACUCUACUUCAGAUAUCUAGUUCUCAAGUUGCAAAGGACUCCACAAGUGCCUUGAAUUUGGUACAGCAACAUAUUGGUAGCUAGUGCAUCUCCUUAAGAUCCAGCGCCUCGUAAGUCUAGCAUGUUGAACCACUUAUCCCCAGCACCUGGCUGAAGCUUCUGGAUCAUCUUCAAGGGCAGUCUGACAUGCAGGUGCAUUGCAGCAAUCCAGCAGAAAGGUCACCAGAACAAGGGUAUCUCAUGAGAUAUUCUUCAUGAAGCAACAGCAGAAAGUUGCUAUUCAAGUACCAACAGAGCAGUAGGGUAUUUUUUGACUCUUGGCAGCCUGUUUAAAAGAACUCUUUGUCUGUCCAAGUACUGACCUGUUGUGAAAGCAAACGGAGGGUGGGAAACAUUUUGUAAAACAAAAGGUGCUGCAGAAAUAAAACUUUAUAGCAAUAAGUAGCAUCCAAGAACUGUUUGCUUGUUAUGUAAAAAACUAGAGGCAGCCUAUAAAACUAGAAGCCGUGUGACUUGAAAGGUCGUUGCAUGAUGAUUCAAAUGUUGAUUGUAGGGGGGUGGGAAAACUCCUGUUUCUUAGUAGAACAUAUUACUUGCAGAAAAUACAUAAUGUUUGUUUUGGUUUCAUUCUUGGUCUCUAGUUUUGAUCCAACUUCAGUCCAUUGCUUCUUGACUGUGUUCAGCCCUUUCCUGAUGGGAGCCUUGCUGUUGUGGAAGGUUAGUAAUUGCACCCUUAGGGAAUGAUGGGAUCACAAUUUUUCAAUUCUAACUUAACUGUUCCUGCACAAAUAGCCUAUCUGCUCUUGUAAGACUUCUUAAAUGCAAAAUGCUACACACACACACAGUGGAACCUCGGUUUUUGAAUGUAGUCCGUUCCAGAAGACCAUUUGGCUUCCCAAACAUUGGAAAACCGAGGAUCAAUGGGCUGGCUGCAAAGUAAAUGGGAGAAAAAUGAAAAACGCGUUUCGGAAGCCUUUCAACUUCCGAGGAACGUUAAAAAAUAUAUAUUCAUGAGCUGUAAGUCAAGCUAAAUAAAGUAAGUCAUAGACUCAUAGAAUCGUAGAAUCGAAGAGUUGGAAGGGACCCUAAGGAUCAUCUAAGUCCAACCCCCUGCAAUGCAUGCAGGGACCAAACCUGCAACCUUGGUAUUAUAAUCAUCAAUCUUUAUUAUGGUCCAGAGACCCAACAUAUCGUUACAAAGCAAUACACAAUUCAUACAGCCUACCUCCAGGUUAAACAAGCAUUUUGUUCAGAAUAUAGGGAUCAUUGGUUCUUGCAACCACCGAUAAGAACUUUGCCACUGCUCAUGUUCUAGCAUUUGUCCGGUCUUCCAACAGGAACCUGACAUAGUGAGCCUCUGAUUUUCCUGGGAAAGGUACCAGCAAGGGUAGUAUCAGUUCAGCCCUGGCUUGCUCAUAUUUUGCACAGUGCAACAAAAUAUGUUUUAUGGAAUCAAUGUCUUGAGCACACGAGCAAAAUCUGUCCUGGUAGGGAACUCCUCUCAACUUGCCAUCCAACACUGCAGAAGGAAAGACGUUUAGUCUGGCUUUGGUGAAAAGCCUUCGAUAGUUUGGUACUGUCAGGUUUUUAAUGUAAGAGGUAUUAUCAACACCAUGCUCUAUCCAGCUAAGCUAUCCAGGAUGGCGGAUGGUACUACUGAAAUAAGCAGAAUUCCAUAUGAAACCUUGUUUGUUGCUGCUGCUUGUUGAAAUAGAUCAUGAUUGCCCAGGGGUGGCCAUCUUUUUCUCCCACCACCCGCUACGGAAAUCCCUGGGAGGAGGGUUGUUAUCCAUUGCAGGGACUUCUAUGAUCACAUUUGAACGUAUGCAUGGCUGUUGUGGCAGCAGUCAAGCUUUCUAGCAGCCGUGGAGCACUUGUUACUUGUGAAAAGAUCCUAUAUUCUGAAGGCAGUCCUUGGACCACUGUGUAAACCUGUAACUAAAGGGUUGCAAAUUUUAUUGUUAAUUUUUUAUUAUUUAUUGAAUUUAUAUACUGCCCUAUACCUGGAGGUCUCAGGGCUGUUCACAGCACAAAAUCAAAAUACACUGGUACCUUGGGUUACAAACAUUUUGGGUUACAAACUCCGCUAACCUGGAAGUAGUACCUCGGGUUACAAACUUUGCCCCAGGAUGAGAACAGAAAUUGUGCGCCGGCAGCAGCAGGAGGCCCCAUUAGCGAAAGCGCGCCUCAGGUUAAGAAUGGUUUUGGGUUAAGAACGGACCUCCUGAACGAAUUAAGUUCAUAACCUGAGGUACCACUGUAUAAAACCACAAUACACACACACACACACACACACACACACACACACACAUAAUCAAAAUAGAAACAACAACCUAAUCACACACCCAAGAAGAAAAACAAACCACAUUUUAAAAGGGCAUAGAAUGUCAAUCAAAUCAACCAAAGGCCUGUUUUUGCCUGGUGCCUAAAGGUGUAGAAUGAAGGUGCCUGGCGAACUUCCCUAGGGAGAGCAUUCCACAAGCGGGGAGCCACUGCAGAGAAGGCCCCAUUCUCGUGUUUUAGUGCAGUUUAAAAGAAAGCCGCAAGAAGCGAAAGGGACUGAGAAUGAGAUAAAUUGGGAACUGACUGAUCCAUCCAUUCCUGUUCAGGAAUACAGCAUGUUAAACUGUGUUGCAGAAGGGGAAGCAUUGUGGAACAAGUAAUGGAUUACCCACUAUCAUCAUGCGUGUCGCAAGUCACACCUCCGGGCCCAAUGAGAUAAUAUCUCAGACCUCAGAGGAUUGUGUUACAUCAGCCUUUGCCAACCUGGUGCCCUCCAGCAUGUUCUUUCAGCGGCAGAUGGGAGUUGUAGCCGAAAACCCUCUGGAGGGCACCAGGCUGGCGAAGAUUGCGCACUGGAAAUGCCAAACAUCACUGCAAACCAGCAUUUACAUUUGGAGAAAAACAGAGAUUCAGCAAAUUGGGAGAAAGACUGUCUGGAUUCUGAGGAACGAACAAAUGAGUGAAUUGUACCAGUCCUAGAGAAAAUGACUCAGAAAGUGGAAACACCUAGUGGUUUUCUAACUACAGUGGUACCUCGGGUUAAGUACUUAAUUCGUUCUGGAGGUCCGUUCUUAACCUGAAACUGUUCUUAACCUGAAGCACCACUUUAGCUAAUGGGGCCUCCUGCUGCCGCCGCGCCGCCAGAGCACGAUUUCUGUUCUCAUCCUGAAGCAAAGUUCUUAACCUGAGGUAAUAUUUCUGGGUUAGCAGAGUCUGUAACCUGAAGCGUAUGUAACCUGAAGCGUAUGUAACCCCAGGUACCACUGUAUUGCAGGGGAUGGCGACAUUGGAAGCUGCCAAAGUUUCCUCGCUGUGAAGAGCAGUAAAGGCAGACAAAAUACUGGCAAUCUUUCUCGGCAAUAUGAAGUCGAGAACGUGCCCCAGAAGUUCCUCAGCAGGCAAAUUUGUAUGGGAAGUGUUCCGUGAAGGUAGAAUAAUUUGAAGAGCCCUGGCAUAACACAGUAGUUUAUUUCUAAAAUAUAUACCGCUGUAUUAGAAUUGUAACAAGGACUAUUAAUAUUCUGAUUGCAAUGCACAGAACCUACAGGGCCAUGACUGAAAGCAACAGGUCUGUUAACUAGAUAAAAUGUUUGCAUUCAAAACGAUGAAUUUUGUAAAGCCAACCUCAAGAUGUGCUUGACUGUCUCUUUGAAUACUAGCUAUGUUAAUUUGUGGCUGUUGGUUGUUUUUUGUUUUCUGCGGUAUUUCAAUUAGCUUAAUGUAAUUCCGUGUCCCCGACAGAUUGUAAUCCCUUUUGUUCUUGUGUCAUGUGCCUUUGAAGCUGUUCAAGUCACAACACAGCUAUCAUCAAAAAGGUACAGUAAACACUUUUACCGAAGCAGCAGUUGCUUGGGGGUUCAUUGGGAUGCAUGGAGUAAACUGUCUGCAGCUAUUUCUUUGUAAAUCCCUGCAUCGAGUACAAUUAUUCUUCAUUCACUGGGUUCAAGCUUUAUCAAAUCUCUGACUAUUAAAAAACACUUUUUAAAAAGCUGGUAGUGACUUGAGUUCCUGUUUGCAUCUAUUUCACAUACAGGGCUGGCUGGCCCUGCCAUUUGACAGAGUGAAGCAACAGCAGAUUUUCAGUUUAAUUAAUAAUAAUAGUAAUAAUAAUAAUAAUAAUAAUAAUAAUAAUAAUAAUAAUAAUGUAAUAUUACUACAAGGGAAGAGAAGAUAUAUUUGGGGGGCAUUUGCUUCAGUACCCCAGGCUGGAAAAUGUCUUGUUCCACGGAUGUGUAUUUUAGAUAUUACGUUAAGACCUGCUCUGAGCUAUAGAUCUGAUACUUGCAGUCCACUACCAUAAUUGGUACUUCCUUUACAACAUUUUGCUCUUUGUCUUCUAUAUACUACAGCUAAGCACACCUCUUAAGUUAGGCAAAGCAUAGUUCCAUGUUUAUUGAAGGUUCUUGCUGCUGUCACUGCUAUUGAUCAUGUGAACCCAUAAACGAUGAAGGUUCUAUGGUUGACUUCCAACCGUCCUAUUGUUGUGGUUUUUACUGUGGCGAUCACACAGGGUCCCCGGACGUUUCACCGUCUAUUGAUCCCUGUGCCACCACUUGAUUUCUCGCUGCCACCACCCAGGCCCUACCUGGUACAAUACUGAGUCCAGUCAGGUUUAAAUUGGAACAUAAACUUUUGUUUAUUUAUUGCAGUUUAACAAGUGUGUGGUUUCAUAAAAGGUAUUGGUCCAUUACAAUCAUGGGGUGCCUAUCCAGACCUAUAACUUCCACUACCUGACUCACUCACUCACUCACUCACUCAACCACCUCUCAGAUAUUUACUUGUCUGCCUAGCUCCUAACUGUUCCUGACUCAACUUAUUUCGCUACACUAACUCAACCUAUCCACAGACUCUAUCCCAAUUCACUCCCACUCCAACCAACCUCCCAACGACCUCUCCUUUCGCCCCUCCCAGAGCUGGUUUUAUAGUCCCUCUGACUCCACCCCCCUGGGUUCUGAUUGGGUAACUUGUUUAACUAAUUCACCUCCAGCACUCUCAUAUGUAAACAUCACAGGAAUCUGUCUGUCUCUAGAGACGAUGGAGUGUGCCUCUGGGGGUGAAGUCAAACUGCUGCAUUUGCAGCAUCGAAGUGACUUCCCUGGGGCACAAGAACCUGCGCAGUGUGUAUGCAGGUAUUGUUCUGCUCUCCUUUGGACCACAUCAAUGGGGCCAAGGGGGUGAGUGGGUUUUGUCAUCUGGGCAGCCCAAUACAUUUGGCAGGAGUUGCCGAAGUAGGCUACACAGCUCCAUCCAACCACCUUAGGGACUCCACUCCAGACUGCCCUAUUAGUUGAUGGGUAUAUGUAUUUGCCUCUAUGUAAAGUAAAGGUAAAGGGACCCCGACCAUUAGGUCCAGUCGUGACCGACUCUGGGGUUGCGGCGCUCAUCUCGCUUUAUUGGUCGAGGGAGCCGGCAUACAGCUUCUGGGUCAUGUGGCCAGCAUGACUAAGCCGCUUCUGGCGAACCAGAGCAGUGCACGGAAACGCAGUUUACCUUCCCGCCGGAGCGGUACCUAUUUAUCUACUUGCACUUUGACGUGCUUUCAAACUGCUAGGUGGGCAGGAGCUGGGACCGAGCAACAGGAGCUCACCCCAUCGCGGGGAUUCGAACCGCCAACCUUCUGAUCUGCAAGUCCUAGGCUCUGUGGUUUAACCCACAGCACCACCCGCACCCCAUACCUCUAUGGGGUCGCUGUUAAAAGUUUUGCCAGUAAUUUUAAUGACAUGGUGAUAUCCAGCUGUGCAUCUGCUUUGCAAAGCCAACUAAGCUUGUAAGCUAAUCUGCAGGAACUGGAUUUGUCAAAUUUAUAAUGAUCUUGUAAGGUAUAAUUAAUUUACCAAGCUGACGCUUGGAUCACGUGGCCAGAUUCUGCUUUUUUCUCGGAGGGGGAUCAUUUGUUAGAAGCCACCGUAAUAGUCUUGCUCUGUGCUAUGGAAUAGCACAUUUUAAUGAAAUUUCACACUGUAACUGAUAGCGCACUUCUAAUUAUAAUUCUUUACAAUUAAAUUAUUAUUACAGUUAAUGGCCCAACUCCCUGCUACUAGGUCAGCUGUUUGCAGCGUUGUUUCAGUGCAAGUCGCUGGCAGAGCCAGUCAUUAGCAAUUUAGAGCGGCGCUUAAGUGGCCUAAUAUUUCAAUCACUUAAUGAAAAAUAAAGAUAAUGAAAAAGUCUUUAGCUGUAUUUCACUUUGCUUGUUCAUAGUCCAUUUCAUUCCCUGAAAUGUGCUUUCCCAAACACAAAUGAUCUUGUAUACCAAAGAGUUGGAUAACUAGUUUCUUGCGCCUUGAGGCUAAGUGGAACUCAACCCUCAGCCAUUCGUGAACUUGGUGGAGGGUUUCUCUAUCAGUUAUUGGGGCGCAAAAGAGAGUGGCUGCCUUAUCAACCUGGAACAAAUGAAAAUGAAAAGGUUCAGGGAGGCCAUUAAGAACUGCCUUGGUUCUCUUGGGGAGUAUUAGAGUUGUGAACAAGAACUUGUCUCUCUGAGUGGUAGGGAGGCUGCAGCCAAGAAUCCUUUCUGAGAGGAUUCGCAAGGGCUCCGACUCAGUUGCUUAUAGGUUGAACCACUAAAGCCUUUUUCAGUUGCAAAUGAGAGACCUGAAAGUCAAUAAUAAUAAUAAUUAUAUACACACACACACACACACACACACACACACACAUAUUUACUUGUACCCUACCCUUCUGACUAGGUUGCCCCAGCCACUCUGGGCAGCUUCCAACAUAUAUAAAAACAUAACAAAACAUUAAAAAGCAUCCCUAUGCAGGGCUGCCUUCAGAUCAUCAUCAUCACCACCACCAUAAUUUUAUUAUUUAUACCCUGCCCAUCUGGCUGGGUUUCCCCAGCCUCUCUGGACGCCUUAGGUAAAGGUAAAGGGACCCCUGACCAUUAGGUCCAGUCAUGGCUGACUCUGGGGUUGUGGUGCUUAUCUUGCUUUAUUGGCCGAAGGAGCCGGCAUACAGCUUCCGGGUCAUGUGGCCAGCAUGACUAAGCGGCUUCUGGCGAACUAGAGCAGCGCAUGGAAACGCCGUUUACCUUCCCGCCGGAGCAGUACCUAUUUAUCUACUUGCACUUUGAGGUGCUUUCGAACUGCUAGGUUGGCAGGAGCAGGGACCGAGCAACGGGAGCUCACCCCGUCACACGAAUUCGAACCGCUGACCUUCUGAUCGGCAAGGCCUAGGCUCUGUGGUUUGGACCACAGCGCCAUCCACGUCAGCAUAUCUAAAAACAUAGUGUCUUCUAAAGGUUAUAUAGUUACUCAUCUCCUUGACAUCUGAUGGGAGGGCAUUGCCACAGGGUGGGUGCCACUACCGAGAAGGCCCUCUGCCUAGUUCCCUGCUGCUUCACUUCCUGCAGCGAGGGAACCGCCAGAAGAAUCUCAGAGCUGGACCUCAGUAUCUGGGCUGACUUCAGGUACACAGGGCCUGAAGUCAGGCAAAAUAAUGCAUAGCGUUGCUCUAAAGCAUUUCUAAUAUUAACUUUUUGCCAUCACAUUUGUAUCUUCCAAGGAACUCUGAGCAGUAUAGAUAGGACUCUCCCUGCUUCUCUAAAUACAUUAGACUACAUUAGGCUGGAUUUCUGUGUUCAUUUCCUAACUUAAUACAGCCCUUAUUACACGCACUUACCUACCUGGAAUUAUAAGCAUCGACUUCCAGCUAAGCUCAACCACGUUUUUAAAGAUAUAAACCUAAAGGUGCAGCAAUGAAAUAAAAUGUCUUGGGUUUGUUUGGUAUAGUACAUCAUGUAGGCCAGGAUGGGGUUUUGUUUUGCCCAAAGUAACUGAUUUGGUAAUGGCCACAGAACUAAGCUUUGUAAGAGGAGCUUUGCUUUCAACAUACAGGUUUCUAAUCCCUAAAGCUGUGGAAAUCACCUUCAUAGCAGGUGUGGCGAGUGGUUAGAGCCACCUUCACCAGCCAGGCUCCUUUUAGACCUUUCGGACUACAAUUCCUAUCAUCCACAGCCACCACAGCUGGAAGGCACCUGGCUAGCAAAGGCUGGAUUUGAAUGUUGGACAAGGAUUAGGAAUACCCCGUUUCUUACCUCACAGCAGGGCUUUUGCGAGCAUAAAAUGUGGCAGGUAGUGAGGGAGAAAACGAUUCACACAGCCUUGAGCUCCUUGGAGGAAAUGUAAGAUAUUACUAGGGGGGCAGGAAUAAACCUUGAAAAACUUGUGAGCAGUGCUUUGUGACAUGUUGGAAAUACAGAGAAGCUUAGCAGGGCCACCAGCUAAGCUCUCAGUGCUCUUCUGUUCCUCGUGAGCAGUAGAUACAGAACGAAAAAUUCAAUAAUUAUCAUGGUUUCUUUUUUCUUUUAAACUCACUAUGCCCUCAGCGUUGUAUUACAUUUCUAGAAGCUGCCUUGAGAAGGCUCUGUCCUGAAAGGUGACUUAUCAAUCCUGUCGUUAAAUAGAAUAACAAAGGCAUCCACAUAAUUCGCUCUGUGAGCAACUGUAGGGAAAUGGCCUUCCUUUUAAGCUUUCCUUAAUACAGAAUUUUGAUCCCUCCUCCUUAGUUAGCCCAGGAUAUAUAUAUCCCUGGUAACCUAAGACACAUAAUUCCAAGAAAACAGAUGAAAGGAGAACUGAACUGUACCUCUGUAACACUUUUUGUCAUAUUAUUGGGAUUCUACGAAGCUUUGUUGUAGCACAGUUGAACUAUGAAUUAUGGUCUUCCUCUGACACACUGUCUCUCUCUCUUUUCCCCCCUCCAGGCUUUUUCUCAUUGUUCUUGUGAUUUCAGACAUCAUGGCUUUGGUAAGCUACUGUCGGACAUUCUGUACAAAUAAGAUCAAAACCCAGAGAGCUCUGCUAAUUCAAUCAAGAGAAAUCUGAAUUAGUUUCAGACUUCAAAGUUUCUGGAACUAGGGCAGGGAACUGAAUUGAAACCCCACAUAAAUUGCAGAUGGAAAUCCCUCCCCCACAAACCCCCUUUUCACAAUCCUUUGUACAUCAUCUAAUGAAUGCAUCAGAAGAGACAACAUCUUUAUUACUUCGGUUCUUCCACAGAGCUAUUUUUAAGUUAGCGGUGCUUGGUUUUCACGUAUUUCAUACUGAAUGUUCAAGCCUGUGAGUGAAAAGGGAAUGCUAGAUGCACCUGGCUGCCCAGUUUAAUUUUUCUUUCUUUUCCUCCCUGCCUUCAGAACAAAAGAAAAAUAUGUCAUGGUCUGCCUUAAUUUUUCAAGAGAGAUGCCUGAAAUACCAGACAGGAAGGGACACAAACACACACACACACACACACACACACACACACACGAGUUAAGCAUGGGGGAAGAGCAUAUUUCAGUAUUCAUCCUAUAAUUUCAGAACCACAGUUUAUUAAAAUCGAAACUGCUCUCUUUUUUUUAAUAGAGAAAGGGGGGAAAUGUCAUGCAACUCUUCCCCGAAAGCCAUUUUUGUUUGCUGUAACGCAAUUUACACUUUAUGACAUGGCUCGAAGGGAUGUGUCUUUAAAGCAGUAAGGGGAAAGGCCUGCUAUUCUUCUGAGAUUUUGCUUCCCACAUCUCUUACCCUUCCCUGAGGACUUACUUGAAGUGACACCACCUUCUGCUUUUGUUAUGUCACAACACCUCCUGCUUUUGUUGUGUCACUUACUUCAUGGAGCUGCUGCCAUCGGAGAAAUGUGUCUAAGUGCUAGACAUCCAAGGCAGUCAUAAUUUUAAUUAUAGAGUAGUUAACAAAUGUGAUUGGGGAGAGGGGAGUGUUAAAGAAAAAAAUAAAUCUGCAUUUCCAGUCUGGGUCCCAUUCCGAUAUGUUUGCUCUCUCCGUCAUAAUAAAUUGCCAGAAUUGCAUGGGGAAAUUGCCUGACCUGAAUCAGUUCAGGUAAUUCCAUGUGUUUUCCAAGGCCCAAACUACACACUGCUAAAACCAAGGCAAUUACUCCUUCAUAUAUUGCCAAUUCAGAAUGGGAUAUUUAUUGUGUUGUUGUUUUGUGGGAGGAAUUGUGGAAAUGACCAUUUGGCAGUUAGAAAACGACUCUGCAGCCCAGAGGCCCGGCUGAGAGUUGAGAAAUGGUUUCGUGUCACAGUUAACAAUGUUUUCCUCUCGGAAUUUGCCGCGUGUAAAGUGUAAUUAAUUGUAAGAGAUGUAAAUAGUUUUAUCGUUUUGUUCUCAUGGUGUCUUUUUAGUGCUCUACUAUAUUUUUACGUUGUAAAUUGCCUUGAACGGUGUUCUCCAAAUGGACAGAUAUUAUUGCAAGAUAUUUGCAGCUGUUGAUGGGAGUCUCCCUCUACAGCCUUGCAAACAGAGCAGUCUUUGCUUCUUCCCCUAGUGCUGCUGCAGGAGAUGAGGCAGAUCACACUGUAUGCAUGACUUUGGGUAGCUCCUUAAUUGUGCAUAAAGGUAAAGGGACCCCUCACCAUUAGGUCCAGUCAUGGCUGACUCUGGGGUUGCGGCGCUCAUCUCGCUUUAUUGGCCGAGGGAGCCGGCGUACAGCUUCCGGGUCAUGUGGCCAGCAUGACUAAGCCACUUCUGGCGAACCAGAGCAACACACGGAAAUGCCGUUUACCUUGCCGCCGGAGCGGUACCUACUUAUCUACUUGCACUUGAGGUGCUUUCGAACUGCUAGGUUGGCAGGAGCUGGGACUGAGCAAUGGGAGCUCACCCCGUUGCAGGGAUUCGAACCGCCAACCUUCUGAUCGGCAAGUCCUAGGCUCUGUGGUUUAACCCACAGUGCCACCCGUGUCCCUAAGUGUGCAUAGGGUUUUACAUUAUUGGUGUAACCAGUAACCAUUUAGAACACGAUGCAUGACACAUUCCCACCUCUGCAAGCUGUAACCAACAAAUUGUGUUGGAGAACCUAGGUGUGAUCACAUUGUGGGCUUUCCCCCCUUUCUUUCUAGACAUUGCUAGGGAGGUACAGGGAAGAGACCACAAGGUUGCUGCUCUCAGCAAUAGCCAUACACACCUUGUAACAACAACAGUGGUACCUCUUGUUAUGAAUGCUUCUGGUUAUGCACGCAUUGGGUUACGAGCUCUGCUAACCCCGGAAGUAUUUGCUCCUGGUUGUGACCUUUGCCCCAGGAUGCAAGUGGAAAUCGCCCGCCGGAGGCACACGUGCAGCAGGAGGCGCCAUUAGCGAAAGCACGUCUCAGGUUGAGAACGGUUUCUGGUUACGAACGGACCUCCGGAACGGAUUAAGUUCAUAACCAGAGGUACCACUGUACCUUGGUUCAGAGAGUUCAUAGCACAGCAGGAAUUUGAACCUAGCCCUCUCCUCUUCAAGUCCACUUCCUUAAUUGCUUGUAUCCUGACAUGUUUGUUGUUUGGUUAAACAUUCUCUGAUGAAGCCAGGUCACCUUUUACUUCAAGAAUUAAAUGCCCCCAAAUGAACGCCUGAAACAUGCGUUUGAGUCUUGUGAUUCUCAUUGUGCAACGUUUAUUUACCAAACAACAUGGUGUUCUUUGUUUUUCUCUCUCACCUUAGCACUUCUUCUUUCUGGUUAAAGAUUAUGGAAGCUGGCUGGAUAUUGGAACAAGGUACAAAGCAUUUGCUUUCCCCAUCCCCCAUCCCCCCUCCUGCCCUGCUUUUUCUUCCUCUUUAGCUGUAACACUGCCUCUAAAAUAAACCCAACAAUUAAGCUGUGUAUUACUUAGUUCAAUCCCUAUAGUUAAAUGCUGUCUACAGAUCAAUCAAGGCAAGUGCUUCCAUUCUGUUUCUACCAUCUCCCUUCCUUGCCUAUAAAUGUUGAUGGUGAUAUAUUUUAUUUAUUAGUGUCCGUUUCUUGCCUUGUUAAGUUGUUUAGUGUUUAACUGCUGUGAAACACUUUGCCUGAUGUCCCUUCUCAGCCCAGGUCAUCUUGAGAAUUUUUAUUUCCCAUUAUUCCCCUUCAGUCAUUGUCUUAAAGUAAAUACCAUUUUUAACAGAAUCGCCCCUCCUCCCCAGCUUAAGAGCUUCCAGUUUGGUUUUUUUAAGUUCACAGAGAGGAGUUUGCUGAAUGUUCACAAGGCUUCUGGUUCUGGGAAUUGAUCCCCACCCCCACCCACGAUAAAUAAAAACAGAAAAGAUUAGUUGGAUGCGGAGUGUGUUGCUCACAAUCAAGUAUGGUAAAAUAAGUGGUAAAUAGGAAAUUUCGUUUCCGAAAAUUGUGCAGUUCCCUUUCCUGCUUCCAUCAGUACCUUCUUCAAUCUUGUUCACUUUCUCCCAGAGGUGUUUUGCCCUGAGGGAGAUGCACACAGCCCCAACAUCAGUGGUCAUUUAGUUGGGUCCAGGACAUGGAGGACAGUAUAUAGAAGUUAUUUCUAGUCAGGCCAUCUAUAUCACCUGCUCCACGCCUUUUGAGUUAUUUAUCAGUUGGCAGCGACUUUGGCGCACAUCCUGCAACUACGAAACACUUUGGACCAUUCUCCUCAAAACAGUUUUCUUAAGGUGCCAUAUAAUUAUUUUAUUCAGUGAAGCCAUUUCAGGAAACUGGUCAAAGCCCAGAAAACAACAGAUACUCUUUCAGAAAUAUUCUUUCCUGCCAUAAUUUUAUUUGGCGGUUGGAAAAAGGUCAGUGUUUGUUAAAAAGGGGGUGGGGGUGGGGAAUCCAGUGAUUAUGUGUGGGGUGAAUUUUCCAGAACAGCUAAUGAUCUCACUACUUCCUUAUUAUAUUUUAUACAGUGUAUUAUUGCGGCAUUUAUGAUCUGCAAUAUAUUUCUCUUAUUACUUAACAAACCUGCCAUUUUUUCUGCUUCUCACAGUUCAUAGAUGGGGAUGUUAAGUGAUACCAUACCUUGCUACCAGUCUUAGUGGUACAGCUGAGUACAACAGCCAAGCCAAUGCAACCCCCCCCCCAACCAUAAAUUCUCAACUGCCUCUUCAGAUAUAAGGACAGAAGUACAUAUCCCAAUAAAUAUGGGGCUGUCUCAUAGCGAUUUCUCCUCUGUACUAUGUAGUAAAACUGAUAUACUGCCUGUUUUCACCAUGUUGUAUGUUUCCCCAAACUUGCCAGCAUCAGCCAGUGAUAAUGAACAUGAUGCCUUUAUGACAUAGGCAAAGGUUUGAGGGUGGGGUGGAGGGUUUUUUUUUGCACAUAAUGGAAGGCAAAAAAGAAUGCAUCCAUCCAGUGUCUUCCUAUCCCAUAGUCAUAUCUUCCCAGCAAGUUCAAUCCCACUGAAUUAUAUACAUUAUUAGUGACCUUCAGCCAAGGAAGAAGUUGUAUAUUCGACGUUAUUGUAAUUGUGAACCCCGUCAGAUGUACAACAUAAAAGGAAAUCAAACCUUGCCAAGCUGUUAUAACUAGAUACUGCCUUUUUGUUCAGCAAACGUGGCUUUUUGUUUCCCUUUAAAAUUACAGUGCUACUCCUGCAUGAAAACUAAUUUUCCAAGCAAAGCUGCCUGCAGGCAUUGCAGUACUGGUUGCUGAUAGCCUCAGAUAUAUUGGCAGGCUGCCAUUAUGUGAUAACAAAUGGAGUAGGAAUUGCUUUUAAUUGCAUUCUAUUUGUAGCAUGAUUUCUUUCCUUCAGCAGCGUUUUUGCUGAACAUUUGUGUGUGUGUGUGUGUAACUAAAUCUAGAGCAGCAUAUAAGGGAGGAACGAGUGCCACACAGUACUUAUGACUCCCUCACACCAGUCCUUUCCAGAUGCAUUGGUACUGGUUCACACUGUUCAUCCACUGAUGGCUGCAGCGUUGAGUCGGGUGUGUGAGUGAGCCGUUGCAGAUUAAACGCUGCCGACAGAAUGAUCACAUCUCAUAGAAAUCAUAGAAUUGUAGAGUUGGAAGGGACCACGAGGGUCACCUAGUGCAAUGCAGGAAUCUUUUUGCCCAGCGAGGGCUCAAACCCACAAACCUGAGAUUAAGAGAGCCAGUGUGGUGUAGUGGUUAAGAGCGGUAGACUCGUAAUCUGGUGAACCGGGUUCGCGUCUCCGCUCCUCCACAUGCAGCUGCUGGGUGACCUUGGGCCAAUCACACUUCUUUGAAGUCUCUCAGCCCCACUCACCUCACAGAGUGUUUGUUAUGGGGGAGGAAGGGAAAGAAGAAUGUUAGCCGCUUUGAGACUCCUUCGGGUACUGAUAAAGCGGGAUAUCAAAUCCAAACUCCUCCUCUUCUUCUUCUUCUUCUUCUUCUUCUUCUUCUUCUUCUUCUUCUUCCUGCUCUACCAACUGAGCUAUCCCAGGGACAGAUUUAGUUUCAGCCAGCUGGUGCCAACCCAGCACUCACCUGUACUCCACUCAGCUGCCUCCUACGCCCCCCCCCCCAAAUAGGUCUGACUUCUCACUUAGAGAAAGCCUGACUAGCACCAUCAGUAACACAUACGUAUCAUGUGGCAGAGAAUAGGGAGAGCAAACCAUAUCAAGGUUUUCAUCAUCCAAGGUGUUAUAAGGCAGUGGGAGUUCUGCCACUCACCUUUGAAUGAUCACAAGUCAUAAGAAAUCGUAGAAUUGCAGGAAGGGACCAUGAAGGUCAUCCAGUUCAAUGCAGGAAUCUCUUUGCCCAAUGUGGGGCUUGAACCCACAACUUUGAGAUUCAGACUCUCAUGCUCUACAAGCUGAGUUCUCCUGCAGGCAUCUCUACAAAUGCAGCAUUUUCCACUAGAACCAAUUCAUGCUUUUAGCCGUAGAUCGUCAUCAGAUGAUAUGUGCAACAGCUCUUACAGGAGUUUUGUUUGAUGGAAGUUUUGAAGGUGGGACUUUGGAGAAAGCAAAGUGAGGUUUGUUGUUUACUGGUCAUUUCUUAUUUGGAGUCAUUGAUUGUGUGGUUUGUUGCCCCAUUUCCUUCACCAGUUACCUACUUUUCCCAUUCAGUGUGCAGUGUUUUUAGUAGUCACUCCUCCCUCCGUAAUGUUUACUCCAAAAACUUCUAACACUUAUCCAUCCAUCCUGCCUUUCAUCAAAAUGACCUUGCUGCAGGUGACAAUUCAGGAUACAAUAAAAGCCAGAGAAGAUGCAUUCAAUUAAAAAAGUAAAACAAUACAUAUAUCUCCCCAUCUGUUCCAGCACAAGCCCUAUAAAAAACAUCCUUGAAGUGCCUAUCGUAAUAUAAACAUCUGCAGCUAGCACCAAAAGACAGAUAAUAUGGGUGCCAGCCAAGACUUUAAAGUUGACGUUCUAGUGCCAAGAAGACCCUCUGGUAGGUCACAACUCUUCUGAUCUCAUGGAGUGGGGUGUUGUAAACAACAGGAUUAUGGUUCUAAGCAACUCAGGGGUUAAGACUUCAAAACCUACACCUUGCAUUGAUCUUGGUGGUGAUCAGGCAGCCAGUGCAGAUCUUUAGGGACAAAUGUAACAUGGUCCUGGGUAGAAAGCUUGAUCAGCAGCAGUUUUGCAGUCUCUGAACUAUCUUCAAGAGUAGCCCUACAUUGUUGUUGUUUAGUCGUUUAGUCGUGUCCGACUCUUCGUGACCCCAUGGACCAGAGCACGCUAGGCACUCCUGUCUUCCACUGCCUCCCACAGUUUGGUCAAACUCAUGCUGGUAGCUUUGAGAACACUAUCCAACCAUCUCGUCCUCUGUCUUCCCCUUCUCCUUGUGUCCUCCAUCUUUCCCAACAUCAGUGUCUUUUCCAGGGAGUCUUCUCUUCUCAUGAGGUGGCCAAAGUAUUCCAAUACUCCAAUACUUUAGCCCUACAUAAACGUUCUUAAAUGUACAAGGCAAACACACACAUAAGUAUAUAAACCAUGUGCCUGAAAUAGUACGGGAGAGCAAUCCUGAAGCCAUUUUGACUCUCCCAAACCAUUCUGACCUCAAAUAUUUAUCUGCAAAGAGGGAGCAAAUUGGAAAGCCUCUCCAUUCUCUUUUGCUUACCUGUCUUAAGGGCAUAUUUGUGUAUGAAUAGGGUGAGCCUGUGACCUGGAUUCAGGAACCAGACAGAGGGCCUUCUCAGUAGUGGCACCCGCCCUGUAGAACGCCCUCCCAUCAGAUGUCAAGGAAAUAAGCAGCUAUCCUAUUUUUAAAAGACAUCUGAAGGCAGCCCUGUUUAGGGAAAUUUUUAAUAUUUAACAUUCGAUGGGGGAAAUCAGCAAGGUGGGUGAGGUAUAAAUAAUAGUAGUAGUAGUAGUAGUAGUAGUAGUAGUAGUAGUAGUAUUUACCAUCACAAAAGAAUGGCCAGGCUGCCCAGGUAAAGCAAUCAGUGACCAUUAACAGAUAUCCUGGCAGACUGCCUCCUUCUGUGAUGUAUGUAUGAUGUUUUUGGGGGUGGUCUUGGCUGCAGGGCGGGCAAUUUCAAAGGUCUAUAUAAGGGCUUGUGCACCGUUGUUCUGGGCUCCUCUUCCCUCCUGCAUGUGGUGGAGUGAGGACCCUGUUGCAACAGUUUAAUAAAGAUCAGGCUUACUAACUGCUUUGCUUCUCAGUAUUCUCUGGUUGGCCUGUUAUUUUCUCCUUCCAAUGGGGAACCCACUGAAGGACUCUAUACUGGCUCUGGGAUACCCCAUAAGGAAAAAGGAGCAGGUUUUUUCUGUAACAAGUCCAAGUGUCCCAUCACUUGAGCAUGGCUAACAAUAACCAGGCUAUUCCUGCCCAAUAACAGCCAGAGCUGGAAAAGGGCACUUCACAUCACUGAAACCACUUGGGCUUCAAGUGACUGUCUGAAAUCCAGAGCCAGCACCCCUAGAUUACAGACCUGAUCGUUUAAGGGGGCGUACCUCCAUCCAGAACAGGCUUCCUUCAUUUUUCCUGGAUGUGGGAGCCAUCAAGCCAGAGCACCUUCAUGUUGUCAGGAUUCAUUUUUGGUUCAUUGGCCCUAAUCCGACUUGUUGCCAUUGCAACAGAGGGCACAUCGACUCUUCCACUCCUGGCUUUUUAAAAAUUAUUUUUGUGUUAGGGCUGAUUUACUUCCCUCUUCUCUGCAGCCGCUUUAUAUAGCAGUAGUUAUGUCAACAUUCUGGCCCACUGAGAAGGCUGAAAUCCAAUGAGUAUUACACAGGCUUUCUCACUUCUCCUUUGAUCAUACUUUCUUAAACCACAUAAACGGCUUUUUAGGUGGCUCAGCUGUUUUUGAUCUCUUAUUUCAUUUCAAAGCAGUUACUUACAAGUGCCACGCUCCUCUUUGCAACAUGCACGAUUUGUAAAGUUCCCCAUUCUAUGUGUGUCCACAACUUUUUUUGCAUAGACAUUUAAUCUUGGCCUUAUUUUCUUUUUCUUCCUCUCUCUUCUCUUGCGUUCCUUUUGCCAGAUAGUAAAUACUUUUUGUUGUUUAUCAAAAUUAAAACCUGUUGCGCGAAUGAUGGGUUGGAUCUAGACAGCUGAGUCUAGGUCUAAUCCUAGGUCUAGGUCUAAUCCUAGGUCUAAUGAUCCUAGGUCUAAUCUAAACACGACAGAGUCUGGCUCCAGCCUCUAUCUGGCACCUAGCAGUAGUGUUGUAUUUCCAGAGCAUCUUCUGUAGGCGUCCAGAAACAGCUUUUUAAUGUCCAUCCUUUUUUGUAAUGAGAAGAUAACAAAAAGUGUGAAAGCCACCUCUUGGGGGUUCCCCACCACCACUAACGUGUCCUUAAAAUGUUACACUAGUGCUAUGGGGUGUGCUUGAAACUCUGGAUGAACCCACAUAGGGGGUGACAAGUUUUAUGGGUCUUUCCUAUCAGUGCCGGAUUUACGUAUAAGCUAAACAAGUGAUAGCUUAGGGCCUCACUCUCUUGCCCCCCCCCCCCAAUUUCACUAUUAAUAUACUUCUUCUUAAUUGUAUUUCAGUUCAACAAUUACUUUUAUAAAAUGCAUAUUUUGUUAUGUGCAAAUAGCUUUAGAUGCCUAUUAGGUCCAUAAAUUACCAUUAUAGCAUAUAUUCAACAGAAGAAACAGCAACAAUUUGUUGUUGACAAAGGACAGCAGGACAUAUAAAGGGACCCAUUACCAUCAGUAGCUUAGGGCCUCAUCAAACCUAAAUCCGGCCCGGUUUCAUAUAGAAGUGGCCACACAUAUGUGGUUGCUAGCUUUUAAAUGCUAGUUUGGGCCUGUAGGAUAAACCUAUGGGGAAGUACCUUCCAUGUCACCAGUGUGACAUGUAAAAUGUCCCAAUUUGUGUGCUCUGUAGUACACAAGUAGUGCAGUGCCAUCUCCAACAGCGUCUUACUUUCCCAACUUUGUGAGCCGGGUGUCCAUUUUGUCUUUGGUGGGAUGAAGGUGGCCAUCUUGCAUUGAACCCAAGUGAAAUUCUCACUCCAGAAAGAGAGUCAGUGCUGAACUGACUGCAUAAUUCAAGCUUCUGGUUUCAUGUGAACUAACAACCCUGAAGACUUAAUAUCUAAAAGUCUAAAAUGGUGUUUCAUUUGUAUCUUUUGAAUGAGGAAUCCCGCAAUGGGAAUCGGAAGGUGUUUAAACUUCUAAGAAAGGUGGUUUCGUGAUGCAGUAACCAGCCUUCUCGAAUCCCACUGAUGCUCAUCCUGCAGUCCUGACAAUGUGAGCAACCUCAAAAUCACACUGGGUCCUUUGUCCUGGUUAGCAGCUCCAUUUGCAAGCUUUAAUUAGCAUGAGGGUAAUGUAUGAGGGUUAAACCACAGAGCCUAGGACUUGCCGAUCAGAAGGUCGGCGGUUCGAAUCCCUGCGACGGGGUGAGCUCCCGUUACUUGGUCCCUGCUCCUGCCAACCUAGCAGUUCGAAAGCACAUCAAAGUGCAAGUAGAUAAGUAGGUACCGCUCCGGCGGGAAGGUAAACAGCGUUUCCGUGCGCUGCUCUGGUUCGCCAGAAGCGCCAUAGUCAUGCUGGCCACAUGACCCAGAAGCUGUACGUCGGCUCCCUCGGCUAAUAAAGCGAGAUGAGGACUGCAACCCCAGAGUCGGUUACGACUGGACCUAAUGGUCAGGGGCCCCUUUACCUUUUAAUGUAUUGUCCAGGCUCUGUUAAGCAGCUAUAGCUCAGCCGUAGAACGAACGCUUUGUAUAUAUGCAGCCCAGAUUCAAUCCCUAUUCUCGAAUACAACUAUUUGCCAUUCCAAAUAGUUCUCUUCCUCUUUUAAGGUUCAGAAUUGUUGCUCUCGGUAAAAGGUGGAUACUGGCAAUAGAUUUUCACAAAUUUAAAAUUACCAUUAACAGAAGAAACCUAUUCUCUCAAUUCAUUUGGGAGGCCCAAGAUUCUUACACUUUGGAUCAGCAUAAAGUCUACAGGCAUCUUACUUUCACUGUUAACACCAUCUCUCUUUGUCAAGACAGUUGGAUAAAUUGAACACUUGAAUCUAUAGCGCACCACAAUUUCUCACAACUAGCGUGGCAGGUUUAACAAAUUUUAAUAGAUGUUUGCUUCAGCUUGUGGUCCAUCUCUGACAUCCGUUGUCUUUGUAGCAUUUCCUCCUACAGUUUUCAAUUUUGUGUUCCGUUUUGGCAAAUUUAGCCAUUAAGUACGAUUGACUUGCAUCCAGCGCUUGCAAAAAAAGGAAAGCAGGUUUCACAACCAGUCUUUCCCUUUCCCUCUGCCCCCAUGCAGCCGCUUGUAAUUCACAGAAAGCCUCUCCAGAUGUGUCUAUAUGUCCUGAUUAGCAUGGGCUGUGUUUCACAGAACUGCAGUGCUAGGUGGAAUCGCUUUAAAUCAGAUGGAGAGGUCUUUUCUGCAGUUCUGGAAUAGAGUUACUGUUACGGUAAAAUCUGGGUGCGGGGCUACUCUGCCACCCAGCUCGUCGGACUAAGUCCGUGGGUCCCUGCGGAAGAAAAAUGAGCUCAGCCGGAGACAGGAGCAAACUGCAGAAGAUCCAAGUUUAUUGCACAACAGGUUCAAGGCGAGAUUGAACAGCGAGAAAGGGGUGACAUGAAUUUUUGAAAUUUCCCUCCAUGUCCCAGAAUACAGUGCAGAAUACAUCCCAGUUACAUCAUGAAUACAUUAAGAAGAGGUUGGGUUACACAGAUUACAUCAUGAAUACAUUAAGAAGAGGUUGGGUCACACAGGAUUAACAUAUGGAGGAGGGAGGGGGGAAUAUGCAGAGCUGGAGAUAUGCGCAGAUAAGCACAUCCUGAGUACCGGUGAUGGGAAGACAAUGGUCCAUGUAUGCAUAGUCUGCCACCUGGCAUUGCCCGGAGGAAAGGCUUGGCAGAGCGAUUUGACAGGAUUAGGGUCUUGACACCUUGCUUGAGGGAUUAUGGAGGACAGGGGAGGUGUCAUGGAGUCCUAGAGAAAUUGAGCAAAUUGGCACGUUGAUUUUCUAUGAAUUUUAUAGAUUUUAGUCCCUUUUGACAUUGACAAUUGGAAAUAAAUGGAUAUAUUGUAGCGAAGAAGGAGGUGAAGAAGACAUGCCCCCCCCCUCCGUAUCAGUUCUAGACAUAAGAUGGAAUGAACGAGAAAGGGUGGAGUUGUUUAAUUUAUGAUUUAAAGUAAUAAACCUCAAUUACUACUUUCUGGGUCCAUUUCAAUGCUAAACGCCGAAUAAUCAACACAGUCAAUUAUGAGUAGAAUAGCUAUUUGUUAUUGGACUUGGGAGUCUCAGUGGUGUGCCUGGCAUUUAACUGAAUUCUCCUGAAGACAACAGAUAUUUUCCAUUGACUGAGUAGAUUCUCUAGAGCUGUGUAGUCUGAACUUCUGGCUCCAUAUGAGCGAACAAACUAUGAAGUCAUGAACUCCUUUUAAUUAUUCAAAGUAAUUAAAAUUUCAUCCAAGUUCUCAAAGGAUAAAAACACUAAUUAGAAUAUUCAUCAAAGGAUCUGCAUUUUUUAAAACAAACAAACACACAUACACACACACCAAAAAAACAACACCCUUGAUUUGUAAAUGUAAAGAGUUGUGCUUUUCCCCUGGUUGGCAGCUUGUGCUUUGGGGAGGUGAUGAAGGCUAAGAUGCAAUUCUGAGGAUAAAACUCCGUAGAAAGCUUUAAACAAAAAUCCAGCAACAAUUCUCCUUUAAGCCAUGGCGGAAAAAAAGAAUUCAACCUAACCAGCUGGGUUGCAAGAUUAGCUUUUUCUCCCAAGACAGGCUCACGUUAUCAGUUCAUUGUAAGCAUUCCUGUGAACUGCAAAGUCCAAAGGGUGCUGACCAGGCUGUUCAAGCAAUGCCUUCUGCACUUUGACAAACCAGGUUGAAUAUUAUCAGCCUCUGAACUUGCACCUUCUCUGUGGAAUUGGAGUGGUGGCAGCAGCAGGUAGUGGCAGCAGCUAGCAGUUCUAUGGGCUGUUUCUUUUUAGCUGUAACUGAGGGGAGGGAGGGAGCUCCAUAGUUUUCUUAAAGAACAAUGCGGCUCAUCGGCUAAAAGUUCAGCUAAAGAGUUCUUCUCCUGCUUGAUUAGUUUGCCAGCGAUUCAGAUCAACUCUCAUGAGGCCACCAAGUGUCCUAACUAAUAAUAUUGGAGCUAAUGUUCUUGUUUCGUUCUGGUCAGUAUUUCAACUUCUCCCAUUAAUGACUAUCUGCUUCAAGGAACUGUGUUUAUUCCACAUCUUAACCAUUAGAUAAUCCGUCUUUGCUUUAGGAGGACAAAGAACUGCUUAGAAGCAUAUAUUGGCAUUAAUGUCCAAAACUGGUGUUGGCUUACUUUAGGGACUUGCCAUUAAUAUAUAUAGGAUCUAAACCUUUAGGCAGAAACCCAUAGAAUUGUGGCGUUGGAAGGAGAGUCAUGUAUUCCCACCCCCUGCGAUUCAGGCAUCUCAACUAAGUAACACAUGACAGACGGCCAUCCAACCUCUGCUUAAAAACCACCAAGAUCAUGAAACUCUCAUGUGUUAAUGGAGUGCACUUCCUUCCUGCCCAGAAAAUAAGCUGUUGAUACUUUUGUCUGUUGAAUCAGAGUUGGAAAGUGUUAUGUACUGAAGUUCUCACCCUGGGCCAGCAGGGGGAUACUGUAGAUAGUUUUCACUCAGGUCCACAUAUGCAAAUAAGGGAUUGAAAGUGACGUUCAGUGAUUGGAUAGUUACAGGAAAUAGUUACAGUUGCGUUGUAGUGGAGCUCUAUAUAAGCAGGCUGGCUGAACCCUUCAGUUCAGUUCUGUUCUGGCCUGUGAAUAAACAAGAGCUGUUUGAAGAAUCACUGUGUCGUCUGAUAUGUUCACCCACAACUUAACAGAAAGGACCCUGAGGACCAUCUUACUCCAACCCCCUGUAAUGCAGGAAUAUGCAGCUGUCCCGUACGGGGAUUGAACCUGCACCCUUGGUGUUAUCAGCACCAUGCUCUAGCCAACUGAGCUAUCCAGGCAAAGUCUGUAUUGCUAUGGCCAGUGAUGAACACAGCUAAUAAACAGAUGCUCAUUAUUGAACAUCCUGUUUAGGAGAGCGAUCAAUAUUGUGUCCCUCUAAUGUUGUCGGUAAACUUUGUUUCCUCUUGUUGAUUUAAAAUCUGUUGCUGUCUCACCCAUGAUUUUCUCUCUGUUGCAGCAUUAGCCACUACGUCGUUGCAAUGUCGUUCACCAUCUUCCUGCUGCUUUUGAGUGGAGUGGCUCAGCUGCUCACUACGAAGAGACUAGCACUUUGGAAAGAAGCUAAGCACCAUUCCUUGUGA